CAGCGUUCCCAGCCUGGACGCCUCGGCUGGUAGAACUGCUGUCUUUAGUAACCGGGCGUCUUCACGGCUCAACCUUUCUCCCAUUCGGAUUGUGUGAAACUACAUUUUCUGGAUAAAGAGAGUUUUGCUUUCCUGAAGAGCAGCCCCCCCGCCGGGCCCCCCCAGGCAUCCUUGUGCAGACAAGGUGCCGACCAACAUGACAACACAGGCGCCGACGUUCCUGCAGCCGCUGCAGAGCGUCGUGGCACUAGAGGGUAGUGCCGCGACGUUCCAGGCUGAAGUCAGCGGUUCUCCUGUUCCUGAGGUGAGCUGGUUUCGUGAUGGCCAGGUUCUCUCCUCCGCCGUUCUGCCCGGCAUUCAGAUCUCGUUCAGCGAUGGCCGUGCUGUUCUGAGGAUCCCUGCUGUGACCGCCGCACACAGUGGGAGGUUCUCCGUCAGAGCGACCAACGGAGCCGGACAGGCCACCAGCACCGCAGAACUGCUCGUCACAGCGGAGACAGCCCCUCCCAGCUUCCUGCUCCGCCUCCAGAGCUCCACGGUGCUCCAGGGCAGCCAGGUGAGGCUGGACGUCAGAGUCUCAGGUAUCCCCCUCCCCCAGGUGAGGUUCUUCAGGGAGGGGGCGGAGAUCCAGAGCUCGCCAGACUUCAGGAUCCUGACGGAGGGCGAGACGCACAGCCUGCUGAUCGCUGAGGCCUUCCCCGAGGAUUCUGGGAACUAUUCUGCCACCGCCACCAACAGCAGCGGAAGAGCAACCUCCACCUGCGAGCUGCUGGUGCAAGGUGAGGAAGCCGUGCCGGUGAAGAAAACCAAGACGAUCGUGACGUCUCAGAUGGCCGCCUCCUCCCAAAGCACCGUGCAGAGGAAGAUGGAGGCCAGCUUCCAGUCCUCCUCCAUGAUGGAGAUGCAUGUGGAAUCAGGAAUGAUGACCCAGCACCUGUCUCACAAAACCCCCCCGAGGGUUCCCCCCAAACCCACCUCCCGCUCCCCUCAGUCCUACGUCUCUAAGGUGGGAGGGGGCCGGCACCAGUCUCCUUCACCUGUCCGUCACGUGAAGGGCCCACAGCCCGCCCCCGUCAGACCCGUGUCCCCCUCCUCCAGAGCCUCUGUCCCCUCCAUCAGACCUGUGAAGUCUCCCGUCAUAUCCCGCAAACAGCUGUCCUCCCCUGCGGAGGUUCCCCCCCCAUGGAAGCACUCCGGCCUGCAGGCUGAGAGCAGCUUCACCUCCGUCAGCACCUCCUCCUCCUCCUCCCACAUGAUGAUGGAGCAGAGCAGCUCCUCCAUGAUGAUGGAGCAGAGCAGCUCCUCCAUGAUGAUGGAGCUGAGCAGAGAGGAGGCGGCUGCAGUUCCCUCCAUAGCCCAGGAGCCCGUCGUUCCUCCCACUAUUAUUGCUGGUCUGAAGAACACGAACGUGACCGAGGGCGAGAGCGUGACCUUGGAGUGUCAGAUCGGAGGUCAGCCCGCCCCCAGCAUCAUGUGGUUCAGAGAGGACUACAAGAUCGAGAGCAGCAUCGACUUCCAGCUCACCUUCAGCGCUGGCUUCGCCCGCAUGGUGAUCAGAGAGGCCUUCGCCGAGGACAGCGGGCGCUUCACCUGCACCGCCACCAGCGAGGCGGGCACCGUCAGCACCUCCUGCUACCUGCUGGUCAAAGUGUCAGAGGAGAUUGAGAGCAGAGAGGAAACGACGACUGUGACUGAAAUGGGAAUGACUCAGGAGAAAACUGUGUCCAUGGAGCAGAGCGUGGUGACGGAGGUGAUGUCGGGCGAGGUCGCCCCUCCCUCCUUCAUCAGGGAACCCAGCGUACAGAAGCUGGUGGAAGGAGGAGCCGUGGUGUUCGAGUGUCAGGUGGCAGGAAGCCCCAGACCUCACAUCAUCUGGAAGAAGAGCGGCGUGCCCCUCACCACCGGAUACAGAUACAAAGUGACCUACAAGAAGGACACCGGAGAGUGCAAACUGGAGAUCACCAUGACCUUCGCUGACGAUGCAGGAGACUACUCCGUCUUCCUGAAGAACCAACAUGGAGAAACCUCUGCCACCGCCCGCCUGCUGGAGGAAGAGGAAUAUGAAGCCUACAUGAUGCAACAGGACGUGACCUAUAAAACUGAAGUGACGGCGGCGGUGGUGCCGGAGCCGGCGGUCGUGGUGACAGCGUACGAGAUGGAGCAGCGGAGGGUCACCACCCCCAUGAGCUUCGUCUCAGAAACGGAGUUCCUGAUCUCCUCCUUCGAGGAGCGGAUCAUCCAGGAGGUGCAGCUGCGGAUCCUGAGGAUCAGCUACACAGAGAUCGUGACGGAGGACGGAGAGCUGAUGGUGACGGUGGCCGAGCACGAAGCCGUGCAGCCCGCCUUCCAGACGCCCGUCAAAAACUACAGAAUCAUCGACGGCAUGGGAGCUACCUUCCACUGCAAGAUGAGCGGGACCCCCCUCCCAAAGAUCGCCUGGUUCAAAGACGGGCAGCGCCUGCGUGCCGGCGGCCGCCACCAGAUGGAGGUUCUCCAGGACGGACGAGCCAGCCUGCGCCUCCCUGUGGUGCAGCCGGAGGACGAGGGCGUCUACACCGCCUUCGCCAGCAACAUGAAGGGGAACUCCGUCAGCUCCGGGAAGCUCUACGUGGAGCCGUCCGGAACCGUGACCCCCCAGAGAUACACCCCCCAACCGGCCAUGCAGAGAAUCAGAUCCUCGUCUCCUCGCUCUAUGAGCCGGUCUCCUGGACGCUCUGCCAGCCGUUCGCCCGGACGCUCUCCGUCCCGCCGGCUGGACGACACCGACGAGGCUCAGCUGGAGAGACUCUACAAACCCGUGUUCGUCCUCAAACCUUCCUCCGUCAAAUGCUCCGAGGGGCAGACCGCCAGAUUUGACCUGAAGGUCGUCGGCAGACCGAUGCCCGACACAUUCUGGUUCCACAACGGACAACAAGUUGGAAAUGACUACACACACAAGAUAGUGGUUAAAGAGGACGGUAUCCAGUCCCUGAUCAUCGUCCCCGCCAUGCCACAGGACUCCGGAGAGUGGACCGUGAUCGCCCAGAACCGAGCCGGACGCACCUCCAUCGCUCUGACUCUCUCUGUGGAAGCUCGUGAAAGUCUGGCACGUCCUCAGUUUAUUGAUAAGCUGAAGAACCUCACAGUGAAGCAGGGCACUCUGGUGGAGCUGGCUGUCAAAGCCAUCGGAAACCCCCUGCCCGACAUCGUCUGGCUGAAGAACAGCGACAUCGUCUCCCCACAGAAGCACCCACAUAUCAAGAUUGAGGGAACUAAAGGACAGGCCAAAUUCCAGAUCCCAUCGUCCUCAGGCACAGACAGCGCCUGGUACACAGCGACCGCUAUCAACAAGGCCGGCAGAGACACCACCCGCUGCAGGGUCAACGUGGAGGUGGACUUCGCCGCUCCUCAAGCCGAGAGGAGGCACAUCAUCACCAAAGGAACCUACAAAGCUAAGGACAUCGCAGCGCCCGAGCUGGAGCCCCUGCACCAGCGUUACGGCCAGGACCAGUGGGAGGAGGGCGACCUGUACGACAAGGAGAAGCAGCAGAAGCCCCAGUUCAAGAAGAAGCUGACCUCCAUCAGGAUGAAGCGCUCAAGCCCGGCUCACUUCGAGUGCCGGCUGACGCCCAUCGGAGACCCCACCAUGGUGGUGGAGUGGCUGCAUGACGGGAAACCCCUGGAGGCGGCCAACAGGCUGCGCAUGGUCAACGAGUUCGGAUACUGCAGUCUGGACUACGAAGAGGCGUACGCCAGAGACAGCGGCGUGGUCACCUGCAGAGCCACAAACAAGUACGGGGCGGACCAGACGUCCGCCACGCUGAUCGUGAAAGACGAGAAAGGCCUGGUGGAGGAGUCUCAGCUCCCUGAAGGCAGGAAGGGUGGACACCGGAUGGAAGAGUUUGAGCGCAUUGCUCACGAGGGCGGACCUGCAGGCGUCACCACUGAUGACGAAUAUGAAAAGAGCAAACCUGAGAUCGUGCUUCUUCCUGAAGCCGCCAGAGCCUUUGAAGGCGAAAUUGCCCGAUUCCGCUGCAGAGUCACCGGUUACCCGUUACCAAAGGUCAACUGGUACCUCAACGGGCAACUCAUCCGCAAAAGCAAGAGAUACAGGCUCAAGUACGACGGUAUCUACUACCUGGAGAUCGUCGACGUGAAGUCCUACGACACCGGCGAGGUCAGGGUGGUUGCGGACAAUCCUCUCGGCACGACUGAGCACACUGUGAAGAUCGAGAUCCAACAGAAGGAGGACUUCAGAUCCGUGCUGCGCCGCGCUCCAGAACAGAAAGCUGCAGAGGCGGCUCAAGACCCCGGCAGAGUCGGGUUUGACGUGAUGAAAGUGGAUCAGACCAGCGAGUCAGCGCAGGAUCGGGAGGUGGUUAAACUGCGUAAGACCCAGAGAGUGGUUCACGAAAAGACUUCGGAGGAGACAGACGAACUGAAGAGCAAGUUCAAGCGCAGGACGGAGGAAGGUUUCUACGAGUCCAUCUCCGCCGUGGACCUCAAGUCCCGCAAGAGGGACGACUCCUACGAGGAUCUGCUGAAGAAGACCAAAGACGACCUGCUUCACAGACUGAAGGAGAAGGAAGAAGCAGAGAGGAAGUUGUUGGAGGAACAGGGACAAAUCACCAUCCCCACCUUCAAGCCCGAGAGGGUCCAGCUCUCCCCGAGCAUGGAGGCACCGAAGAUCCUCGAACGCAUCACGAGCAAGACCGUCGCUCCGAUGGACGAGGUUCGCUUCACACUGAGAGUCGUCGGCAGACCGGAGCCCGAGGUCCAGUGGUUCAAGAACGGCGUCCUGAUGGAGAAGACGGAGCGUGUCUUCUGGUACUGGCCGGAGGACCACCUGUGUGAACUGGUGAUCAGAGACGUGACCACAGAGGACUCCGCCAGCAUCAUGGUCAAAGCCGUGAACGUGGCCGGGGAGGCCUCCAGCCACGCCUUCCUGCUGGUGCAAGCCAAGGCAGUGGUGAACUUCAUCCAGAACCUGGAGGACACCAGCGCCAACGAGAAGGACACCAUAGUAACGUUCGAGUGUGAGACCAACGAGCCCUUCGUCAAAGUCAAAUGGCUGAAGAACAACAUGGAGAUCUUCUCCGGAGACAAGUACAGGAUGCACUCUGACAGAAAGGUCCACUUCCUGUCGGUGCUGGUGAUCCAGAUGAAGGACGCCGCAGAGUACUCGUGUGUGGUUAUAGAAGAGGAGAGCAUCAGGAGCAGCGCCCGGCUCCACGUAGAAGGUGCUGCCCUGGAGCUGAAAAAGCACCUGGAGAACAUCGAGGUGCCGGAGACCUACUCCGGAGACUUCGAGGUGGAGCUUUCUCGUGAAGACACUGAGGGCAGCUGGUUCUUCGGAGACAAGGAGAUCUCCCCCAGCAGCAAAUACGUCAUUUCCUCCCGCAGAGGACGCCAAUCCCUGUCCGUGAAAGACGUGAAGAAGACAGACCAGGGGAAAUACACCUUUGUGUGUGGAGAGCUGAAGACCAGCGCCUCCCUGAAGAUGAAGCUGCGCCCGGUCACCCUGAUGCAGCCGCUCAGCGACCUGACGGUGUGUGAGGGCGACAUCGCUCAGCUGGAGGUCCGCUUCUCCCAGGAGAACGUGGAGGGCAGCUGGAUGAAGAACGGGACAGCCGUCAUCGCCUCGGACCGAGUCCACAUCGUCAUCGACAAACAGAUCCACAAGCUGCUGCUGGAGAACGUGAGCCGCGAGGACGCCGCCUCGUACGGUUUCAUCGUGCCGGCUCAGGACAUCUCCACCUCCGGAAAGCUCAGCGUGCAGACGAUCGACAUCGUGAACCCGCUGAAGGACGUUUCCUCCGUCGAAGGCACCAAGGCGGUGCUGGAGGCGAAGAUCUCAGCGCAGGACGUUCUCUCGGUGAAGUGGUACCUGAACGAGAAGCUGCUGACGGCCAGCGAUCGGCUGCAGAUGGUGUCGAAGGGAUCCAAGCAGAGGCUCGUCUUCAACCGGACCUUCGCCUCCGACGAGGGCCGAUACAAACUGGUGGUCGGGAAGGUGGACACCAGCUGCAGCCUCUCCGUAGAAAAGGUGCACAUCGUGAAGCAGAUGGAGGAUAAGGUGUGCUCCGAGUCUCAGAACGUGACCUUCAGCGUGGAGGUUUCCCACGCCGGCAUCGACCCGCUCUGGACCUUCAGGAACCAGCAGCUCAAAGCCGGACCCAAAUACAAGAUGGAGUCCAGCGGCAAGAAGCACUCUCUGACCGUCGUGAACACCAUGAAGGACGAAGAGGGAGCGUACAGUUUCCACGCCGGAGAGAAGACGUGCAGUGCCAAACUCACCGUCUCCGGGGGCGCCAUCACGGUGCCUCUGCAGGACGUGACGGUGGCAGAGUCCCAGACGGCGGUGCUUGAAUGCGAGGUCGCCAACGCCUCAGCUGAAGGUCGCUGGCUGAGAGAAGGUCAGCCGGUCGACUUCAAUGACAACGUGACGAGCGAGACGAAGGGCUGCGUCCGCCGGCUGCUCAUCUUCAUCACCAGGCCGCAGGACGUGGGGGAGUACAGCUACCAGGUGUCCAGCUCCAAGACCAGCGCCACCCUGAGGGUGGAGGCGGUGAAGAUGAAGAAGACCCUGAGGAACCAGACGGUGACGGAGACCCAGGACUCGUUGUUCUCUCUGGAGCUGACGCACAGCGGGGUGAAGGGCUCGCAGUGGAUCAGGAACGGAGUCGAGCUGCAGAACAGCGACAAGUUCCAGAUGUUCUCCGAGGGAACCGUGCACACUCUGAGGGUGAAGAGCUGCAGCACGCAGGACGAGGGGGUCUACUCCUUCAAGCUGGGGAAGCUGUCGGCCAACGCCCGGCUCAAUGUGGAGACGAUUAAGAUCGUGAAGAAGAUAAAGGACGUGACGUCUCUUCUGGGCGGCACCGCCUCCUUCGAGCUCAGUCUGUCUCACGACGACAUCCCGGUCCGAUGGACCUUCAACGGCUCGGAGCUGAAGACCAGCGAGAAGAUCCAGAUCCUGUCGGAGCGCAAAGCCCACAAGCUGGUUCUGCAGAACGUGGACCAGAGCCUCGCCGGGGAGUACAGCGCCGUGGUGGGACACCUGCAGUGCAGCGCCACGCUCACUGUGGAGGCCCUGCGUGUCACCAAGCCUCUGAAGAGUGUCUCGGUGCCAGAGACGCACACGGCGUCCUUCGAGUGCGAGGUCUCUCACUUCAACGUGCCGUCCACCUGGCUGAAGAACGGCGUGGACAUCGAGAUGAGCGAGAAGUUCAGGAUCGUGGUCCAGGGGAAACUCCACCAGCUGAAGAUCACCAACACGAGCCGAGAAGACGCCGCCGAGUACACGUUCGUGUGUGGGAACGACCGAGUGUCCGCCAAGCUCACCGUCAGCCCGGUGCUCAUCACCUCCAUGCUGAAGGACCUGAGGGCUCAGGAGAGAGACUCCAUCACCUUGGAGGUGACGGUGAACCAGGAGAACGUGAGCUACAAGUGGCUGAAGAACGGCGUGGAGGUGAAGUCGUCUGAGCGCGUGUCUGUGAGGAGCCGGCAGCUCUCUCACUCCCUGAACAUCAGGAACGUGCACUUUGGAGACGGAGGAGAGUACAGCUUCGUGUCCGGGUCCUCCUCCUGCUCCGCAAGCCUCUACGUGGAGGCUCGAGUGAUUGAGUUCACGAAGAAGAUCAAAGACAUAAAGAUCACGGAGAAGAAGAAGGCCGUGUUCGAGUGUGAGAUCUCUGAGCCCAACGUGCAGGUGGUCUGGAUGAAGAACGGCCAGGAGCUGGAGCAGGAGAGCAGGUUCUCGGUGACAGCAGAGAAGUUUGUCCACCGGCUGAUGAUCCAGUCGGUCAGGAUGUCGGACGCCGGAGAGUUCUCUGUGGUCGCCGGGUCGAGCGUCUCCAGAGCCCAGCUGGUGGUGGAGGGGAGAGACGUCCGGAUCUCUGACCCCCCCGAGAGGGACAUCACGGUUCUGGAGAAGCAGCGCGCCACCUUUGAGCUGGAGGUGAACGAGGACGAGGUGGAGGGCCGCUGGCUGAGGAACGGAGUGGAGAUCCAGUUCUCUGUGGAGCAGCGCUUCAACUACGUCUGCAUCCGGAGGAUUCACCGCCUCACCGUGACCGAGACCUUCAGGAGCGACGCCGGAGAAUACACCUUCAUCGCCGGGAAGAACCGGACCACCAUGAACCUCCGAGUCAACCUCCCGGAGCCUCCUCAGAUCCAGCGCCACAUGGAGCCUCAGUCUGUGGAGGCGGGGAAGCCGGCCCGGUUCUCCGUGAAGGUGAGCGGGGUCCCGGCUCCGCAGGUGUCCUGGUUCAAGAACUCCCAGGCGCUGUCCGCAGGCUUCAAGUGUAAGUUCCUGCACGACGGAGCCGAACACUCGUUGCUGCUCAUCGAGGUUUUCCCAGAGGACGCCGCCGUGUACCACUGUGAGGCCAAGAACGAGUACGGAGCCGCCAGCAGCACGGCCGCGCUGCACGUGGAAGUGUCGGAGGUUGUGUCUCCGGACUCAGCAGCCACAGUGGCCCCCCCGGUGGUGAUGAGCCCCAUCAGCAGCACCUCUGCCCGCGAGGGAGAGCCGGCGCGCUUCCAGUGCCGAGUGCGAGGAGACGACGUGAAGAUCAGCUGGUUCCACGGACAGAAGGAGAUCAAGCAGUCGGACUUCUUCCGGAUGUCUCAGUUUGACGACAGCUGUCAGCUGGAGAUCUCCAGAGUUUACCCCGAGGACGAGGGCGAGUACAGCCUCCGGGCGACCAACGCAGCGGGGACGGUGUCCUGCAGCGCCGCGCUCAGCCUGGACGGCGUCCGACAGCGAGAGUCUUCUGUCUCUCAGCGCCUCCUCUCCACCAGCCUCUCCUCCGUAAAGAAGCCGACUGUCGGCCACAAGCCGGUGUUCCUGCAGCCGAUCAGCAGCUGCUCGGUGCCGCAUGGCGAGGUCGCUCGUUUCCACGCCUGCGUCUCCGGCACGCCGCGGCCCGAGAUCAGCUGGUUCCACAACGGGAGCCCGGUGCUGCCCACCAAGAACGUGGUGUUCCACUUCGACGAGGCCACGCACACCGCCAUGCUCCUCAUCGUGGACGCCUUCCCCGAACACGCCGGAGCGUACACCUGCAGCGCCGCAAACACCGCCGGGGAGGUCGUCUGCACCGCCACGCUCACCGUUACCACCGCACAAGAAGAAGAAGUGACUCACGUGAGGGAGCAGAUCGAAGCCAAGAUCGAGCAAGAAGUCAAAGAGCGUACUAGCACCACCAUCACCACUGUGGAGGAGCAAGAGGAGACCUACUACUCUGGGGUCCAGUUACCUCAGAAAACUAAAACACUUGAACUCACGCCAGAGUCCAAACGCUACUCUUCCUCUUUAGAGAAGAAAAAAGAAAAGCCAGUUUUCCUCAGCCAGCUCGCUCCGGCAGUGGUCACCGCCGGGGAGACGGCUAGACUCACCGUUAGACUGUCCGGCUUUCCAAAACCGACCGUUAAAUGGUCUCACAAUGGAAAAGCGAUUCAGAGCUCGUCCAUAUACAGGCUGAUAGAGGAGAAAGAGGAGUAUACGUUAGUCAUCACAAAGGUCACAACCGAGUAUGAGGGCGAGUACUCCUGCACCGCCACCAACCGAUUAGGCCAGACAACCUGCACCACGUACCUCGAGGUUAAGAAGCAUGAUGUUAGCCAGGCGGAGAAAUGGGUAGAGAAGAUGUUUAAGAUCACGGGUCAACCUCCAACGUUCACAGUUCAGAUCCAACCUGUGCGCUGCUCAGAGGGAGGAGAGGUUUCCUUUAGUUACAAAGCCAGCGGUGAUCCAAUGCCCGAUGUGAGGUGGUUCAAAGGGGCUUUCCAGAUCCAGCCCAGUAGAAACUGUAUCGUUAAAGCCAACCCAGAUGGAUCUGGCUUUAUCAAUAUUAAGAGCGUCAAACAGGAAGAUAGCGGCCUGUACACAUGCAAGGCCUCCAACCAGUUAGGUGAGGCGUCCUGUAGUGCAGAGCUCGUUGUGUUCAGAGAAACUGUCUCUGUUUCACGGAAACAGGAGCAGGUGACCACGGUUCAGAAGAAAGGCUAUAAGGUUUCAAUGACAGAACAAGCAACAGAGUCUCGUCUGUACCAGGUUAGCCUCCCGGGUCAGGACAGAUCCAGGUCUGAUCAGAUGGUUUACACCAUCGGGACUGAAGACCGGCAGGUCAUUCCCAGUGAGCAAGUGGGCACGCUUAGAGAACUAGAUAUCUCCGCCGCCACUAUCCACCGCGAGCAGCUGACCCACCAGGCAGCAGUGCUCCAGUCUCAUGAGGUAGAGGAGCGGGUGUCGGUGGUUCCCACCCACCCAGCUCAGGUUUCCACAGUCCCUGUGAAGCAGCUUCACAUGGCGGCGUUUACGUCCUCCGUCGAGGAGAGUCAGGACUUCACAGAGCAGCACUGUGACCGCAUUCUGAGCCCUGAGGUCAUCGAGCUUCAGGCGGCUCGAGAGAGGAGGUCAAUGGUGAUGUCGGCUGUCGCUGAGGAGCUCACACCGCUGUCUACUGUUAGCACAGACCCCCUGUCCGACCGGAAGUCCGCUUCUGUAAGGCCCACAUCAGAGCCUAAACAUUUAGUCAGCGGGCAUCAGGUCCAGUCUCAGCUGCCCAUCCUUAGAGAGCAGUCUCAGGAGAUCCCAGAAUCCCAGGCAGAGAAGGGUUAUAAGGUUAAGGAGGGGAUUAAGAUUUUAUACUCUGCCCAGUCUGCAGAGAAACGGGUGCUUUCAGAGGGCCACACCACUGAUUUAGCAACAGCAGAUUCUGCUGUGAAGCCGUCUGUAAAGAAAGAACAGCACCGACCUGUCUUAGCGUCAGUUAGCGAGUCCAAACAGACUCUUUCCAAGGAGACUAAGUUCUCCAUGCAGAGGCCCUCUGAGGAGACAGCCCAUCUUUGUAAGGAUAAAAUAAUAAAGGGUGCUCUAACUGCUGAAGAGAAGCAAAUGCUCCAGGCUGAGCCCACACAGCAGCUUCCCAGUCUGGACAGUGCCAUGUCAGUUCAGUCCCAGGUAGAAGGAGAGCAGUUGUUGCACCUGCAGGUGAUCACAGAUCAGGACCUCCUUCCAUCUGAGAAGAGCUUCACCUGUGAGAAACCAGCAGCAGAGCAGGCAGGAGCCAGGAAGAGCCCGACUCUGCUGCAUGCUGUUAGCCAGGACGAGCAGAGGACAGUAGUUUGUGAGGACACGUCAGCAUUCGAGGCAAAGGCUAGCUCCAUGACCAUCCAGCCCCAGAAAGAGUCUCGUACUCUGCUGCAUCGGCAGUCAACCCAACCUGUGGAGGCGCUGCCCAAAGAGGGUAUUCUCGUUAUUGAGAAGCCUGACCAGCAGGUAGCGGCUCAGAAACAGGAAAAGACUAGAAGUCAUGCAGCUACCUCAGAGGAGAGAAGGGAGCUGACAGCAGAUUAUCACACAGAGCUGGAUUUGUCCGUGACCGGCAUUCAGUCGCAACUCCGGACUGAGCCUAGGCCUCAGAACAUCCUGCAGCUCAACUUCCAGCCCAUGACGCUCCCAAAGGAGACGCCAGUCACCUCGGAUGUAAAGCAGCAGCGAGCUUUGGUGCAGAAGGAGGAUCGCUCGAACGUGAUGCAUGUCACCACUGUGGCGGAGAGUCGGGCCUUACAGGAGGGCCACACUGAGGGUCUUACAGCGGUGGAUAAAUUCACCUGCCAGAUGGCUGUGGAGCCAAAACUCCCCACCGAGCCAGUCCAGAUAGAGGAGAAGGAGAUCUCCACUGAGAGUAGUGUCAUUCUAGAGGCGGCCCAACAGGACUUUGCUGUUCAAAUCCAGGAGGGCCAGUCAGUCAGGCAGUCCAUCGUGAUGGACGAGAAGCGAGUGCUGACCGGUGAGCUCUCUCAGGAGAUCUCCAAGUCUAAGUCCACUAAAGUAUCUGUCACCAGGCAGCCCAAACUGUCCCUUAUGGCGUCAGAGUCCAAAGACACUACCGCUCUUCCCAAAGAGAUGACCUUUGUGAUUCAGAUCCCUAAACCCUUCAGUCUGAAUAUCCGGCACCAGCUCAGAGACGCUCUGCAGUCGGCUGUGGCCAGCGACCAGCCGGUGUUACUGGCUGACGUCGUAGGGAGGCUGCAGGCUGUAGAAGUACAGGAAGUCAAGGUUCAAAAAGAGCCAAAGCGAGCCAUGUUUACAUACCUGAUCACAACCACAGGUGCCCCCAUGGAGAUCACGCUGGCUAUUGAGGGCAAAUACCCUCAGACCGCUGACCUCAGGACUGAACUGCAGGCAGCUUUCCACUCCAUAGUGUACCAGGAAGCCCAGGUUCUCACCUCGGAGCAGCCGGGCACUAUGCAGCUAGACAAACCUCAGAGGGCGCAGGUCGCCUCGGCACACUCUAAGCAAAUGCUGUCAUCCAUGGUGGAGACUGUGAGCGUGGCAGAGAGUGCCGUAGGUUUCACUGCCGUUAAAUCUCAGGCCGCUGCACUGAAAACUGAGUCCAAAGUGGCGGUUAAAAGUGCUUCAGCUGAGCAGCGGGUUGUGGUGCAGGAAUCCAAGGCAGCAAAGAUGGAGCAGACAUCCCAAAUCAAAGUUUCCACACAGUCCCACAUGACUUUUGAGCAGUCGGUACAGGUGUCGAGUCAGGAAGUGAGGUCAGUUACCAUGAAAAGCAGGGAGAAAGAUGUAGGUGCUACUCUUUUAACCACGACCCUGCCUCCCACCACCGUCCCUACUGAACAGGUGGUGGGCUUUAGCAUCCAGGAGCACAGGGAGGAGAUGUUUACAGAGGAAAUCACAGUAUCCAGGUCAGAGCAGAGAGAAAUCCCCGUUAUAGUCGUCUCCCUCGAAGACAUAUCCAUAGAUGAGGAUAGUAAAGUAACCUUUAGCAGCACCAUUAAGUACGUCACAAAGGUAAACUGGUUUUUCAAUGGGCAAUUGGUAACAUCUGGCAAAGAGUUCAAGUGUUGCAAAGACCACGACACAUACACAUUGGUUAUCAACAAAGUUGUGAAGGAGAAGCAUCAAGGAGAAUAUGUUUGUGAGGCUGAGAAUGAAGCCGGCAGGACUACAACGUCUUCAAGACUCACUGUGGUCUCAAGAGUGCCACCUGUCUUUAGGCAGAAAAUCCAACCCUUGGACAUAAACAUCGGCGGACAAGCCAAGUUCGAAUGUGAAAUCGAGGAUGCUCCAAGUGUGACUUUCAAAUGGUACAAAUCUACCGUCGAGAUCAAACAGAGUGACAAGUACAGGAUGCUCAGCCGCCACAGCAGCUCCUCCCUGGAGCUGCUGAAGCCGAUCAAAGCCGACAGCAGUGAAUACACUUGCAAGGCUUCAAACCAGCACGGCACUGCCAGCUGCACCGCCUCGCUCAUCGUCACCGAAAUGUACCCACCGGUAUUUGUAUCACAACCAGACCCAAUGACUUUGUAUGUGGGCAAACAGGCCAUGCUCCAGUGCUCACUCACUGGGACAUCACCCAUGGAGGUUGUCUGGCACAAGGACAACAUAGCCGUCUCCUCCGGAGGGAACUAUGUCAUGAAAUGUGAAAAGAACAAGUAUUCGCUUCAGAUUAAAAGUCUUACUGUGGCUGACCAGGGGGUGUACCUGUGCAAGGCCUCCAACAGUGUUGGCACUGCUACGUUCACCACAGAGCUCAGGGUUGUCAACAAGCCCAGCUUUGUUCAGACCGUUGAGCCGGCGUCAGUCGCUGUCAAUGACCCGCUGAGGCUGGAGUGCCAGGUGGACGAGGACACUGGUGUGACCGUCACCUGGACCAGGGAUGGCAAAAAAGUCCACCAGAGCAUGGAUUGUAAACUGUCCUUUGAGGAUAAGGUGGCUGUUGUUGAGAUACCCAAGUCUAAGCUGAAGGACUCUGGGAAAUAUGUGUGCACAGCCGCAAAUGAGGCAGGCAGCUCAUCCUGUGAGGCUGAGGUAUCAGUUCAAGAGCCCCCUACCUUUGUAAAGAAAAUGGAAAAUAAGAUAACAUGGAAACAAGGUAUAGCUGCACGCUUACAGUGCUCCGUGAAAGGAUCGCCUCAGCUGCACAUCCACUGGUUCUGGAAUGAGAGAGAGCUCAGUGAUGGAGACAAAUAUCAAAUAUCUUUCAAGAGUGGCGUUGCCUCUUUGGAUAUACUGAAUCUUCUGAUCACAGACAGUGGGAGUUACACCUGUGAGGUGUCCAAUAAUGCCGGCAGCGAGAGCUGCAACACCCUUAUAGCUGUCAAAGAGCCACCGUCCAUUAGAAAAGAGCUGCAGACAGUUGAGGCGGUGAAGGGAGCAUCCACUCAGAUGGAGUGUGAGAUCACAGGAACAGCUCCCUUUGAAAUCAGCUGGGUCAAAAAUAAGAAAGCCAUCUCCAGUGAUCAGAAACAUAAAAUAAUCUCCCAGGAUUCUUUAUCAAGGCUGGAGAUCCAGACCUUUGAGAGCGCAGAUGUUGGAGAUUAUCAGUGUGUCAUAUCCAAUGAUGUGGGCAAAGUCACCACGAAGGCUGUAGCUAAACUUAAAGAGCCUCCCACUUUCUCAAAGAGGGUUGAGAGUGCUACAGCGGUGUUGGGAAAUACAGUCAAACUCCAGGGGACCAUAAAGGGCUCGGCGCCCAUCACAGUGAAAUGGAUGAAAGACUCUGAGAUACUGAGAGAUGACGAUUCAAACAUCAAGAUGGUGUUUGAGAACAAUGUUGCUAGCUUGUCGAUAACGACCGUGGCCAUCAGCCAUGGUGGAAAGUAUUCGUGCACAGCUGAGAACCAGGCUGGCCAACAGAAAUGCGAAGCUACCUUGACCGUGCAAGAACCUGCGAGAGUGGUAGAACCUGCAGAGUCCAUUAGUGUGACCGCAGGGGAUUCAGCCACCUUGGAGUGCACAAUCUCUGGAAGCCCAGACCUGAAAGUGAAGUGGUUUAAAGACGGGAAGGAGAUGAUCAGUGGCCGUAAAUAUAAGAUGACUCUGAAGGACAAUGUGGCCACCAUGAAGAUCCUCACGGCAGAAAGAGGAGACACUUCAGAGUACAAGAUGGAGGUGUCCAAUAAAGUCGGGAAAGACCAGUGCACGUGCUCGGUCACCAUCUUAGAUCGGAUAAUGCCUCCAACGUUCACCAAGUCCCUGAAAAGGGUUGACGGUAACAUUGGUAAUGACGUCUCCAUGGAUUGUAAAGUGUCUGGGUCCCAACCCAUGACCAUAUCAUGGUUCAAAGACGACCAGGAGAUCAAGUCUGGAUCCAAAUUCCAGCCUGAAUUCAAAGACAGCUCUGCUUCGCUAAGAGUUAUAAAGCUGGAGAAGCCCGACUCUGGAGUUUACAAAUGCAGAGCAACCAAUUCUGCCGGCUUUAAGGAAACCAGCGGCACGCUCUAUGUCAAAGAGCCCCCAUUGUUUACAGCAACACCAAACAACCAGGAUGUUAAACCAGGAACCACAGUGUCCUUCAAAACAGGCUUCACUGGAACAGCUCCGUUAGCUGUGAAGUGGUUCAGAGAGGAGAAAGAGAUUGUGUCUGGAGGCUCAUAUUUCAUAAAGAAAGAUGCCUCUUCCAGCUCUUUGGAGCUAAACUCAGUGAAACCCAGUGACUCUGGGAAGUACACAUGCCAAGUGUCCAAUGAUGCUGGGAAGGUGGAUUGCACCGCAGUCCUCUUUGUGAAAGAACCGCCCGUGUUCGUGAGGAAACUCGAGGCGACCAAACUUGUUACCAGCGGCAACUCCGCCAUGCUGGAGUGCAAAGUAACGGGCAGCCCCGUCAUCUCUUUUAAAUGGUUCAAGGACGAGAUGGAGAUCAGCUCCAGUGCUAAAUACAAAAUGACUUUAACUGACUUAGUGGCCUCUCUGGAAAUAGUCAACAGUGCAGUGGAGGAUAGUGGAGAAUAUGUGUGCGUGGCGUCCAGCGAGGCUGGUAGUGACCGCUGCAGCAGCACAGUGACUAUCAAAGAGCCGCCAUUGUUUGUGCGUAGCUUGGAGCCCAGAGAUGUUGUGAAAGGCUCUGAGAUGAUGCUGGAGGGCCAGGUCUCCGGCUCAGUCCCCUUCACGGUGUCCUUUUAUAAAAACACUAAGCCGAUUAGGAAUGACAAGAGACACAGGAUCACAGUGAAGGACGAGCUGAUCGCGCUGCAGGUGCUGGCAGUGGAGGCAGGAGACGUGGGGUUGUACCAGUGUACUGUAGAGAAUGAGGUGGGGAAGGCCUCCUGCGAUUGUCAAGUAACGCUAAAAGAACCACCGUCGUUUGUGAAAAAGCUGGAGAACCUCAGCUCCCUGGUUGGCAGCGAGGUUUCUCUGCAGUGCUCUCUGAAGGGCUCUGAGCCCAUGAGCGUGUCCUGGACCAAAGACAACCACGAGCUCAAAGAGGCUGAAAACAUUCAGAUUACUUACGAGAACAACACGGCGCUGCUGCACCUCACCAACCUGCAGAGCAAACAUGGCGGAAAAUACUCGUGCCAGGCGCAGAACCAGGCCGGCAGCCAGACCUGCUCUGCUGCGGUGACAGUCAAAGAGCCGGCGAAGGUCACAGAGGAGGCCAAGUCCAUCAGUGUCACUCAGGGCGAUCCGGCCACGCUGGAGGCCCGGUUCAUAGGCACCAAGCCGCUGAAGGCCAGAUGGCUGAAGGCCGGCAAGGAGCUGAGCUCAGGCCAGAGAUAUAAAGUUCAGAGCACAGACACCAGCUCCGUGCUCAAGAUGAUCAAAACUGAGAAAGGUGACAGUGGUGACUACACCUUCGAGGUCUCAAAUGAUGUCGGACAAAGUUCUUGCGAGGCCACACUCACCGUCCUCGAUCAAAUCAUUCCCCCUUCUUUUACGAGAAAACUGAAGCAGACAGAAGGUCUCAAAGGGUCGUUUGCUCAUCUGGAGUGCCUUGUAUCCGGCUCUCUGCCGAUAACCAUUCAAUGGUACAAAGAUGAGAAAGAGAUCCAGACUGAUGAGAAACACAAAAGCACAUUCUUUGAAAAUGUUGCUUUUCUGGAAAUCUCUAACCUGAACGGUAAAGAGAGCGGCAGCUAUACCUGCAUCGCUAAAAACAAAGCGGGGACCGUGCAGUGCUCCGGCAUCUUGUUCGUCAAAGAACCACCAUGCAUUCUUGAAAAGCCUGAAUCCAUGAAUGUGUUGCCGGGCUCAAAGGUCCAGUUUAAUGUUCUGAUGUCUGGCACACCGCCGCUCACCACCAAAUGGUUUAAAAACAAGAAGGAGAUUAUAUCCAGUGCUGACUGCAAUGUGCUCAAAGACAAUACCUCAAGCUCUUUGGAGCUUUUCUUUGCAAAAACCUCUGAUUCUGGAGAGUUUGUCUGUGAGAUACAGAACGAUGUGGGCUCCACUUCCUGUCAGGCAACACUCUUUGUGAAAGAGCCCCCUAAGUUCACACGGACCCCCGCUCGGUUGUCCGUGGUCCGUCCCGGUCAGAGUAAAAUGUUUGAGUGCCAGGUGACCGGCACACCUGAGAUAGACAUGUGCUGGUUCAGGGAAGGCUCUGAGAUCAGCCCCAGCGAUCGGUACAAGAUGGUGUUUGUUAACUCUGUGGCCACGCUGGAGGUGUGUGGUGCUGAAACCAAAGACAGCGGGCUUUACUACUGCGAGGCCCGCAACGAGGCCGGCAGCGAGAGCUGUAGCAUGGAGCUCAAGGUCAAAGAACCGCCAUCAUUUAUUAGAGACCUGUCUGUGGCGGAUGUUGUGAAGGCCUCCAGCGCCUGCUUUGAGUGUCAGGUCGCUGGGACCGGUCCAUUUGAGAUAACAUGGCACAAAGAUGCAAAGGAGAUCAAACCUAGUGCUAAGCAUGGCUUCUCCCAGCUGAACGACACUGUGAGGCUCGAGGUGCACAAAUGUGACGCUGUAGACGUCGGUGAAUACCAGUGCACGGUUUCUAAUGAGGUCGGGAACUGUACUUGUAAGACUACGCUAAACCUCAAAGAACCACCAACAUUUACCCAGAGGCUCGAGGACACUGCCACUGUGCUCGGUGAAAUGGCAGAGUUUAAGUGUGUUGUGAAGGGUUCUCCAACUCUCUCUGUACAAUGGCAAAAAGAUGAGAACUGGAUUUUGGAGAAUGCAAAGAUUGAGAGAACAUUUGAGAACAAUGUGGCCACUCUCAGGAUUCCCGCCUGUGAAGCAACACAUGGCGGGAAGUACACCUGCCAGGUGGUGAACGAGGCCGGGCAGGAGAAGUGCUUUGCCACGCUAACUGUGCAAGAGCCACCUCAGAUCACAGAACAACCUGAAGUGAUUAAGGUUACAGUCGGAGAUCCAGUCAGUCUGGACUGUAAGGUGACGGGCUCCCCUGAGCUCAAAGUGAAAUGGAUGAAAAAUGGAAAGGAGCUUCAGUCCAUUAGGCAGCACAAGCUGACCUUUGAGAACAACAUGAGCAGCCUCAGGGUUCAGUGCGCUCAGAAAGAGGACGAAGGAGAGUAUGUGUUCCAGGUGGAAAACCACAUCAGUAGCUGCAGCUGCAAAGUCAAAGUGAUCGUUCUAGAACAAGUCAUUCCCCCGAGCUUCAUCAAACCUCUGGUAGACAUGGGAGAGAUAUUGGGCUCCUUUGUUCAGAUCAGUUGCAAAAUAUCUGGUUCGCUGCCCAUCUCUGUGGAGUGGCAGAAAGACGGGAGCAAGAUCUCUAGUGGUGUGAAACACAAACUGAUCCAGCAGGACAACUCUGUGUCCGUGGAGAUCGAACAGCUCGAGCGAUCUGACGCAGGGUCCUACUCUUGCAAACUGACCAACGCAGCGGGGAGUUGUGAAAGCAGCGGAUCCCUCAUGGUUAAAGAGCCUCCCAGCUUUGUGACGCUGCCUGAGUCCCAGGCGGCUGUACCCAACGGCACUAUGCGCUUCAAAUGCACAUUUAAGGGAACGCCUCCCUUCACAGUCAAAUGGUUCAAGGACGACUCUGAGCUCAUGACCGGGCCCUCAUGUUUCACCGGGCUGGAGGGGCUCUCUUGCUUCAUGGAGCUCUAUAAAGUGGGGGUCACCCACAGUGGAGCUUACUCUUGCCAAGUCAGCAACGAUGCUGGUUCUGUGCGCUGUAGUGCAGACUUGACAGUCAAAGAACCCCCCGAGUUUGUGCUGAAACUCCCUGCCACUAAGUUUGUGAAGCAGGGAGAGUCACUCCGCCUGGAGUGCAAAGUCACUGGCACAGCUCCUCUGAGAGUGACCUGGUACAAACAGGACACCAAGGUCAUGGAUGGGGGCAACUACAGGACAUCAUUUGUUGACUCGGUAGCAGUCCUGGAACUGCUGUCAACGAGCUUUAAUGAUGAUGGAGUUUACACCUGUGAAGCUCAGAAUGAUGCUGGCAGUGUCAGCUGCAGCACCACACUUACCGUUAAAGACGCCCCAUCAUUUACUAAAGUACCCCAGCCCGUUGAAGGGCUGAAGGGGAAGGACGUGAGUCUGUACUGCGAGAUGAGCGGUUCAGCUCCGUUCCAGAUCACCUGGUUCAAAGACAGGAAGCCUCUGAUGGAGAGCAGGAAGUAUAAGAUGGUGAGCGAGGGCAGCUCGGUCACGCUGCAUGUCAUUGGGAUAGAGGCCUCGGAUGCCGGCGAGUACGAGUGCAAAGUGACUAACAGUGUAGGAAGUGACACCUGCCAGACGUCAGUUAAACUCAGAGAGCCGCCGUCGUUUGUGAAGAAACUGUCAAACAAGACAGUGAUUCUGGGGGAGGAGGUGACCAUUGUGGCCACUAUUAAAGGCUCUGAACCCAUUACUGUGUCCUGGGUUCAAGACAAGGAUCACAUUCUCAGGGACGGUGACAACAGGAAAAUCACCCUUGAGAACAACCAGGUCGCUCUUAAAGUCUUUAAGGCUGAUGCGACCACGGCAGGCAAAUACACCUGCCACCUCAGAAACGAUGCUGGGAGUGUGGAGUGUUUCGCUAACUUGACUGUUCUAGAACCCGCUAAGAUAGUGGACAAGCCCGACGCUCUGAGCGUGACGGCGGGCGACAUGGCCGCCCUGGAGGUCAAAGUGUGUGGAACCCCUCAGCUCAUACCCAAGUGGUUCAAGGACGGGGUGGAGCUGGCCUCCGGCAGGAAGUACAAGAUCUCAUUUUCUGAGAUGAUUUCCAGCCUGAACGUCCUCUCUGCUGAGAAGGUGGACUCUGGAGAAUAUACUUUUGAGGUUAUGAACGAGGUCGGGAAGGACCUAAGCAAGAUUAACCUCACAGUCUUAGAUAAGAUCAUUCCUGCAUCGUUCUCAAGGAAGUUGAAGGAUCUCAACACAGUGGUCGGAGCAGCCGGAGAGAUGGAGUGCAAAGUGUCGGGCUCCCCACCUUUCACCAUCUCCUGGUACCACGAUGGGGAGGAGAUACAGAGCGGACCCAACUAUGAGAUCAACUUCAGCAACAACAGCUGCACGCUCAAAGUGUCCACGCUGAAGCUGUCCGACUCUGGACUGUAUAAAUGCAAAGCUCUGAACAAGGCUGGAUCCAGCGAGACCUCGGCCUCUAUGUUUGUGAAAGAGCCCCCAUCCUUCGUGGUUCCCCCCCAGCCGGUGGAGGCCAUGCCGGGCUCCAACGUGACGUUCUCUGCGAUGGUGAAAGGCAGCGCGCCGCUCAAACUGAAGUGGUUCAGAGGAGCGAAGGAGAUCCUGCCCGGACGCGACUGCAGUUUCUCCCUGAAGGACAACCAGGUGGUCCUGGAGCUGUUCACGGUGGACCGGACCCACGCAGGGGAGUACACCUGCCAGAUCAUCAACGACGCCGGCAAGGAGAGCAGCCCCGUCAACCUCACCGUCAAAGAUCCAGCAGCCUUCUCUAAGAAGCUGAAGGACGUUUCGGUGGAGAAGGGGAAACCGUUGACCCUGGAGUGCACCUACACAGGAACUCCUAAAAUCACCGUGAACUGGUUCAAAGACGGCCAGCAGAUCUUCGCUUCGUACAAAUACAACAUCACCACCACCGAGAGCUCCUGCAUCCUCGAGUGCCUGAGCACCGACGACAAAGAGGCUGCUGGGAAAUAUUCCUGCGAGGUGUCCAACGAUGCCGGGAAGGACCAGUGUGACGCUAACGUGUCCAUCCUCGAGCCUCCGUACUUCGUGGAGUCCCUGGAGCCGAUGGAGGUGACUACAGGUGACGCCGUGUGUCUGAAGUGCCAGGUGGGCGGCACACCUGAGAUCAAGGUGUUCUGGUUCAAGGCCGACGGGAAGGUGCGCUCCAGCGCCACCUGCAGGCUGGAGUUCAGCCGCGGCACAGCCUGCCUGAAGCUCAGCAAGGCCGGCAAGGCCGACAUCGGAGAAUACACCUGCAAGGCAGAGAACUCCAUCGGGUCCGCCUCCUCCACCUGCAGACUCAACGUGAUAGAGGCCAAAUCCCCGCCCUCCUUCCCGAAGAAGAUGACCAGCCUCCAGCAGACGGAGGGCCAGGCGGUGCGGUUCGAGUGCCGCGUGGCCGGCUCCUCUCCGCUGGAGGUCACCUGGCUGAGAGACGGAGAGCCCCUAAAGCAGGGCGGAGACUUCACCAUGACGUACAACGACAACACGGCGGCACUGGAGAUCGCCCACGGAGAGAUGAGGCACUCUGGGGAGUACACCUGCUCAGCCACCAACAGCGUGGGGUCCGCCUCCUGCAGAGCCAAGCUCACCCUGACAGCGCCUCGUUUCCCACCGAUAUUCGACAGGAAGUUGUCCCCUCAGGAGGUGACAGUGGGCGACAGCAUCGAGCUCGAGUGUCACAUGACCGGCUCCGCCCCCAUCAAAGUCACAUGGUCCAAAGACCACAAAGACAUUCGCAGUGGGGGGAACUAUAAGAUGAGCUGCGUGGAAAACACCCCCCACCUCACCAUCACGAAGGCCGAUAAAGGCGACACCGGAAAAUACUUCUGCCACGCCUCCAACGACACGGGCAAGGACUCGUGCUCCUGCGACAUCACGGUCAAAGAGCGUAAGACCCCCCCCCGUUUCACUAAAAAGCCGUCAGAGCACAUGGAGGACACGGAGGGCCGGCUGGUGAAGAUGGAGGGCCGGGUGUCGGGCUCUCAGCCCAUCUCGGUGCGCUGGUUCCGAGGCGGCUCGGAGAUCCUCAGCUCGGACCAGUACGACGUCAGCUUCAAGAGCAACGUGUCGGUGCUGUGCAUCAAGAGCAGCCGGGUGACGGACAGCGGGUCCUACCAAUGCCGCGCCUCCAACGAGGCGGGGGAGUCCUGCUGCGACGUCACUGUGGGGAUCAGAGAGGCGAAGAAGGCCCCGGUGUUCGACGUGCCUCUGAAGCCUCAGACUGUGGACGAAGGAGAGAAGCUGAGUCUGCGCUGCCACGUUGUUGGUUCCCCCCCGCUGACGAUCAGCUGGAUGAAGGACAGGAAGGACCUGACGUCGGCCGGCAGCACGAAGAUCAGCUUCUCCGAGGGGACGGCCUCUCUGGAGAUAAGCCCCGCCUCCCGACACGACGCCGGGGACUACCUCUGCAAGGCCAGCAGCGAUGCCGGCAGCGAGUUCUGCAAGGCCAAGGUCACCGUGAAAGUUUGUGCAGAGAAAGCUGGAGUCCCUGCUCCGGCUGAAGCUCCGGCUGCUGCCAAGAAACUGGACAACCUGUUCUUCAUCGAGGAGCCACAGACCAUCCACGUCACAGAGAAGGGAACAGCCACCUUCAUCGCUAAAGUGGGCGGAGACCCGAUCCCCAGCGUGAAGUGGAUGAAGGGGAAAUGGCGUCAGGUGACGCACGGCGGACGCAUCUCCAUGGAGCAGAAGGGCCAGGAGGCCCGGCUGGAGAUCAGGGAGGUCACCAAGUCGGACUCGGGUCAGUACCGCUGCGUCGCCAACAACAAGCACGGAGAGAUCGAGAGCAGCGCCGACCUGCAGGUGGACGAGAAGAAGGGGUCGGCGCAUCUCGAGGGAGACCUGCGCGCCAAACUCAAGAAGACGCCGUCGAAGCAGAAGAGUCCUCAGGAGGAGAAGGACAUCGACAUCGUGGAUUUGCUGAGGAACGUGGACCCCAAAGAGUACGAGAAGUACGCUCGCAUGUACGGAAUCACAGACUACCGCGGCCUCCUGCAGGCCAUCGAGCAGCUGAAGAAGGAGAAGGCAGAGGAGAGCGGCAGACCGGAAGUGGAGCGUGCGGACAGAGAGUCGGAUGAGGACAUGGCUCGCCUGGUGGCCGACCUUCAGAAGAGGAUGGAGCGCACAGAGCCGGUGACGGUGAUGAAGGACAUCUCGGAUCAGUGCAUCUUCACCCAAAAGGAGGCGCUGUUCGAGUGCGAGGUGAAGAUCAACUACCCUGAGAUCACGCUGUCCUGGUACAAGGGAACGCAGAAACUGGACUCCAGCGACAAGUACGACAUCAGCAUCAGCGGAGACCGUCACCUGCUGAAGAUCAAGAACUGCCAGCCCGCCGACCAGGGGAACUACCGGGUCGUCUGCGGGCCGCACAUCUCCAGCGCCAAACUUGCCGUCGCCGAGGCGGAGGUUGAGAAGCACCUGCAGGAGACCUCGGGUAAGAAAGGCCAGUCAUGCUCGCUGUCUUGUCAGUUGUCCAUCCCUAAUGUAGAAGCUCAGUGGUUUAAAAACGGGAAGCGUUUAGAGAUGAAGGGCAGGUACACGUCGGAGGUGAAGCACAAGGUUCAGAAGCUUCUGAUCCGAGACCUGAAGACCCAAGACCAGGGCCGGUACUCCUGCAGGUACCAGACCCUGGAGUCCUCGGCCGACCUGUGGGUGGAAGCUGAACAAAUUCAUUUCACCAAACGCAUCCACAACAUCGAAGUCAACGAGCGCCAGUCGGCCACCUUUGAGUGCGAGGUGUCCUUCGACAACGCAAUCGUUUCGUGGUACAAAGACACCUGGGAACUGCGAGAGAGCCCGAAGUACAACUUCACAAGCGAGGGCCGAAGACAUUUCAUGGUCAUCCGAAACGUGGCCACCGAAGACGAAGGCGUGUACUCAGUGAUUGUGAGGUUGGAGCCCCGAGGAGAGGCUAAGAGCACUGCUGAGCUUUAUUUGUCUGGCAAAGAAAUUGAAUUAGCAAUGGUGCCCAUGGAUGUCCCAGACUCCUCAGUUCAGAGGCCUGAAGUGCCUUCAUCCGUGGCAAUGCAAGAAACUUCUGAAUUCUUUCAAUAUGAAGAAGAGUUUGAACAAAAACAAGAAUCGGCCGAAUAUUCAUAUCACUAUGAAGAAGAGGUGCAGGUGCAGCAGAGAGCUUCCAGAGUGGCAGUGGAGGAGAAAGUAGAGACCAAGAAAGUUGAAAUGAGAGAAGGAAUUCCAUCCAAAGUUCCCAAAGCUGAGAGAAAGCCUGAGGAGAAGCCGAGGGCGUCACUGAAGGAGCCCCCCCCCCCUGAAGAAGCCAGAAAGCCGGUGGAGAGAAAGGUUGCUGCCGCUUCAGAAGCCGAGCAGAAGAAAGCCUCUUCUAAAGAAGCAGAGGAGGUUCAGAAGCCUGCUGCUGUGCCCUCACCCCCUGCGGAGAAGCCUGGACUGCCAAAGAAAGCUGAGCCCAAGCCUCAGGCACCAGCUGCAGCUCAACCUGAGCCUGAGCCCAAGCUCAAGCAGAGAGCAGAACCUGAAGCCAAACCGGCGGUGAAGGUGGAGCCGGAAGCUAAGCCAGUGGCGGUAAAGAAGCCGGCUACCCCCCCCUCCAAAGUCCCCGAAGAGGCUGCAACACCACAGCCGGCAAAGGUCAAGCCUGAACCGGUGGUGAAAAAGCCAGAACCAGACGCUCCAAAAGCCAAACCAGAACCAGAGGCUCCAAAAGCCAAACCAGAAGUUCGUAAACCGGAGCCAGAACUGCCCGUUCCAAAACCUGAACCUGCAAAGGUCUCCAAACCUGAACCUGCAAAGGUCUCCAAACCUGAACCUGCAAAGGUCUCCAAACCUGAACCUGCAAAGGUCUCCAAACCUGAACCUGCAAAGGUCUCCAAACCUGAACCUGCAAAGGUCUCCAAACCUGAACCAGCAGUUAAGAAAGCUGAACCUGAAGUGAAAGUGCCAAAACCAGAACCUCAGAAAGCCAAACCAGAACCGAAGCCUGCUCCGAAGGAACCUCCAAAGCAAGUUCCUGUGGAGGAAGACAGACCUGUGGAGGAAGACAGACCUGUGGAGGAAGACAGACCUGUGGAGGAAGACAGACCUGUGGAGGAAGACAGACCUGUGGAGGAAGACAGACCUGUGGAGGAAGACAGACCUGUGGAGGAAGACAGACCUGUGGAGGAAGACAGACCUGUGGAGGAAGACAGACCUGUGGAGGAAGACAGACCUGUGGCUCCCAAAGCAGCAAGGAAACCAGCAGCUGCUGCUCCUCCCAAAGAAGAGCCGACACAGAAACACAAAGAAACCAAGAAGAUUGUGAAGAUGGAACAAGAGAGAAAAGUCUCUCCUGCAGAAACAGUUCCUGUGAAGGGAAUGGAGUCUCCACCACAAGUCACAGAAGCACUGGUAAAGCCAGCUGCUCCUCAAGAAGAGAGCAAACCGCAGGCGGCUGUAAAAGUUCAAGAAGCUGCCAAAAAGCCUGAAGUCACAGACAAGAGCAAGAAGAUAGAGACGAGAAGAACUCCCCAGGAAGAAGCAAAGCCAGUGGCCAAGCCAAAGGCUGAAGAAGCAACCAGGAAGGUUGCAGAAGAAGAACAACCAGCCGUGGUGGAAAAGAGAUCUCCUGAAACAGAUCAAACCAAGGGACCCGUCCAAGCACCGGGAGGAGUGAAGAAAGAACCUCUUCUGCAGAGAAAAGGUAAAGUUCAGACUGAAGAGGAGAUUCCCACUUUGAGGAAGACGAGCAGAGUCAUGAGAGAAGUAGAAGAAGAGCAGGAGAUAAUCAAACUGAAGAAGAUUCCUUCAGUUCAACUGAAAGAGGUUGAGGAAGAGGAGAGACCUCAGAAGGUCACGAAGACCACAGUGUUCCAGGUGGAGGAGCUGCACAGGGAGGAGGCGGUGGAGAUGUCCAUCGCCACCAGGAGACCCGCAGAGGAGAAGAAGCCUCGAGACAAAGCAGAGGUGGUGAAGAAGCCUGAAGUUCUGAAGCCUAAAGAAAAGGACCAGGAAGAAGCACCUGGAGGAGCCUGGACCCGUCACACACCUGUCCCAAAGGAUGAGAAACCAGAAGAGAAGAGUUCUUUGAAGAAAACUCCCAAAGCCCCAAAGCAAGAGGAACCUGCCCCGCCUACUGCAGCCUUAAAGAAGGUGAGGACACUGCCUUCAGAUGAAGUGCAACCAGAAGUGAUCACAUUAAAACCGUUUGAGAAACCUGUUAAACCAUCUGAGGAGCCGGAGAAAGACAAGAAAGAGAGGCUAGACAGGGACUCUGUGCCUUUCCAGAAGCUAGACAGAGUCCCUAAAGAGCUGGAAACUAAAGAGCCUUCCAAGAAGCCUGAGAAAGCUCCUCCAGAGGUCAAAGAGCCACCAGCCAAGGUGUCAAAGCCAGUAGAUCAAAAGAGAACUCCGGAGAAAGAGCCUGAGGAGGUCAAAGCGCCCACUAAGGUUAAGAAGAUCCCAACACAGGAACAAGAGGUGGAGAGCGUCAAGCUGAAGCCUUUCUCCAGGCCGUCCAAAGAGGCUGCAGAGCCUGAGAAGAAGCCAGCGGAGGAGACAGAGAGGAAGCCGGCUGAUGACCUGCAGCGCCGUCGCACCAGUCCAGAGGACAAACCUAAAGAACGAGAGCCUGAGGCUAAACCGAUGAAACCUGAGAUGGCAGAGACUCCAGAGAAGAAGCCGGCGAAGGUGGUGGAGGCAGCUCCAGCUGAGAAGAAAAGGACUCCUGUUAAGAAACCAGAAAAGGUUCCUGAGGAGCCCAAACCUCUGCAGCUGAAGAAGGGAGUCACCCCGAGGCCAAAAGAGGAGAAGGAAGAGGUGGCUCUGAAGCCUUUGGAGCAGCUCAAGAAGGUGGAGCUGAGAAAGACACCAUCUCCUCAGGUGGAGAAGCUGAAAGACGCAGAGAAAGUCCCCGCUGAGAGGAGGCCCAGUAUGGAUCCACUUAAAAGGGUUCCUAAAGCAGUUUCACCAAAAGACUCUGUGGAAGCUGUGACUCUGAAGAAGGUCCCGAAGAAGCCGUCCCCCGAGGAGGCUGCAGAACCAGCGAAGCCCGGGAAAGGAAAGGUUCCCCUGGGGAAGGAGGUGUCUCCUGGAGCCGUGCAGAUGAGGAAGAUAGCCACCCAGCCUGAGGAGGAGGUGUAUGAAGAGGAGGACGAGGAAGGUGUGGAGCAGGAGGAAGAUGAGGCCUGGGGCUGGGAGAUGGUUCGCCGGGACAGUUACGACUGGGAGGGUGAAGGAGAGGAAGGUGCCCUGGAGGUGCCCGGGGUCUCCAGGAGAGCCAAGCAGACCCCGUCCCCCGGAGAAGGUAGGGGCCGUGGUCUGAGGCCCGGAGGAAAGGGUCCCACGCCACCAGAGGAACCGUUCGCAGGGUUCAAGCUCAAAGCCGUCCCUCUGAAGUUCAUCAAGAAGCUUCAGGACAUCGUGUUGAAGGAAGCCGAGUCCAUCGGAUCGGCUGCGGUGUUCGAGUGCGAGGUUUCGCCCUCCACCGCCAUCACUACCUGGAUGAAAGACGACUGUAACCUUCGCGAGAGCCCCAAGCACAAGUUCACCUCUGACGGCAAAGACCGCAAGCUGAACAUCAUUGAUGUCCAGCUCUCUGACACCGGGGAUUACACGUGUAUAGCCAAGAAUGCCGGCAAGGAGAUAUCAUGCAAAGCCAAGCUCAUUGUUGAAGAGCUUCCAUUGAAAUGGAUCAAGGAGCUGGAGGAGGAGACCUCGGCUAUGAAGGGUCAGCCUCUGUACAUGACCUGUGAGUUGAACAAAGAGAAGGAUGCGAUAUGGAAGAAGAACGGUGAGGUCCUGAAGAAACAGGCCGGGAAGAUUCAGAUCAACGUCAUCGGCAUGCAGCACGCUCUGACCAUCCAGAACUCCACUGAGGCCGACACCGGGCUCAUCAGCUGUGAGGCGUCCGGCCAGGAGGACGUCAAGACCUCAACAAAUGUCAAAAUCAUUGAAAUCAUCAGGGAUUGGAUUGUGAAGCCGCUGAGAGACCAGCAUGUGAAACCGAAAGCCAACGCUACGUUUAAGUGCGAGCUCUUCAAGGAGUCCCCCAACUGGAAGUGGCUCAAAGGAGAGGAGGAGGUCACUCCUUCAGACAAGAUAGAGAUCAAGAAGGAAGGGAAGGAGCUGACGCUCACCAUCAAGAACUGUCAGCCUGAGGAUGUGGCGCAGUACUGCAUGGAGGUGGAAGGACGCCUUUACACCGCCCAUCUCACUCUAGGAGAGCGCGAGGCUGAGAUCCUGAAACCUCUGGCCAGCGUUGAGGUGGUUGAGAAGCAGGACGCCGUGUUUGAGACGGAGAUCUCUGAGCACGAUGUUCCCGGCGAAUGGAAGCUCAAAGGAGAGGUUCUGACCAGAUCCCCGACGUGCGAAAUCCACAUGGAGCGCGGGGUGCGUAAGCUCACUCUGAAGAACUGCCAGUUGGAUCAUGCCGGAGAGGUUUCGUACCAGGCUCUGAACGCCAUGACCAGCGCGAUGCUCAACGUCAAAGAAAUCGAGAUGGACUUUGUUGUCCCGCUGAAGGAUGUUUCUGUGCCUGAAAAGAAACAGGCAAAGUUUGAAUGCACCAUCACGAAGGAUGUCUCUAAGGUCAUGUGGUAUAGAGGGGAUGAUGUCAUCACCCCGGACCAAAAGUAUGACAUCAUCGAUGAUGGAAAGAAGCAUAUGCUCAUUAUAAACUGCUGCGAGUUCGAUGACGAGGACGCGUAUACAAUCGCUGUUUUGGGCAAAAUGUCCACAGCUAGCCUCACGGUGGAUGGUAUCAGGCUCAAAUUGAUCUCGCCGCUAAAGGACCAAACGGUGAAGGAAGGCACGACGGCUCGCUUUGAGCUGGAGCUCUCUCAUGAGAACAUCCCCGUCACAUGGUACAGAAACGAUGUCAAAAUCCACCCGAGCAGAACCGUGCUCACUCACGUGGACGGGAAGAAACACGUGUUAGAAAUGAAGGAAGUGACUCUCGAUGAUACUUGUCAAAUUAAGGCUGAGGCCAAAGGGAUGCCCUCCAUGGCCAACCUGACGGUCAUAGAGGGCGAUGCGUACUUCACGGUUAAGCUGCAGGACUAUACUGCGGUGGAGAAAGACGAGGUGGCUCUAGAUUGCGAGCUCAGCAAAGACGUGGAGGUCAUGUGGUACCACAACGAGGCCGAGGUCAAACCCUCUAAGAUGGUGGCCAUUAAGGCCGAGGGCAAACGCAGAACCCUUGUCAUCAAGAAAGUUGCCAACAAAGACCAAGGACAGUACGUGUGUGAUUGUGGGACAGAUAAGACGAUGGCCACGCUUCACAUUGAAGCGCGCCACAUCAAGGUGGUGCGGCCGGUGUACGGAGUUGAGGUGUUUGACGGAGAAACCGCUCGGUUUGAAGUGGAGCUCAGUGAGGACGAUGUCCAUGGACAAUGGAAGCUAAAUGGAGAAGUCCUCAGUCCAUCCGCCGAUGUAGAGAUCGUGGAGGACGGUGCCAAACACACUUUGGUCUUGUACAACUGCAAAGUGCCUCAAACAGGCGAGCUGGUGUUUACCGCCGCCAACGCCAAAUGCUCUGCUAACCUGAAAGUGAAGGAGCCGCCGGUCUCGUUCAUUACUCCGCUGGCUGACGUCCACGCGUACGAAAAGGACGAGGCCAAGUUUGAGCUGGAAAUGUCCAGAGCCCAAAGCUUCCGCUGGCUGAAGGGAUCUCAGGAGUUAGCAAACGAUGAUAAGUUUGAGAUCCAGGUGGAGGGCAAGAGACACACUCUUAUUGUGAAAUCUGCCAGAUAUGAAGACGAAGCCAAGUACAUGUUUGAGGCUGAAGACAAACGGACGUCUGGGAAGUUGAUUAUCAAAGGUAUUCGCCUCGAAUUUAUCAAGCCGAUUAAAGAUGUGACCGUGAAGGAGCGUGAGACGGCAGAGUUCAGCGUGGAACUCUCUCACGAUAAGAUCCCCGUGGUCUGGUACAAAAACGACGUCCGGCUGCACCCCAGCAAGGUGGUGCACAUGUCGGAGGACGGGAAGGUCUUCACGCUGGCCUUCAAGGAGGUCACCAUCGACGACACCUCCAUGAUCAAAGUGGAGGCCAUGAGCAAGACCUCAGAGGCCAUGCUCACCGUGCUCGAGGGCGACCUGUACUUCACGGUGAAGCUGCAGAACUACACCGCCGUCGAGAAAGACGAGGUGGUGUUGUCCUGCGAGCUGAGCAAGCCGACCGACGAGGUCCGCUGGUACAAAGACGGUAACGAGAUAUUUGCCUCCAAGAACGUCCUGAUGCAAGCGGACGGAAGGAGGCGCAUGCUGGUGAUCAAGAAGGCGGCGAGGAGCAGCAUCGGGUCGUACGCCUGCGACUGUGGCAUCGACAAGACCACGGCCCACCUGAACAUCGAAGAGCGCGACAUCAAGGUGGUCCGCCCGCUGUACAGCGUGGAGGUCACUGAGACCGAGACCGCCAAGUUUGAGACGGAGAUCUCGGAGGAGGACCUGCACGCCACCUGGAAGCUGAAGGGGGAGCAGCUGCACCCCUCACCUGAUGUGGAGAUUAAGGACGAGGGAGCGAGACACAUCCUGAUCAUCUUCAACUGCAAGAUGGACAUGGCAGGAAGCAUCGACUUCUCCGCAGCCAACGCCAAGUCCUCCGCUCAGCUCAGGGUCAAAGCGCGGGUCAUCGCCCUGGCUCGGCCCCUGGCGGACGCCUCGGUGACCGCCGGAGAGACGGCCACCUUCGAGUGCGAGCUGUCGUACGAGGGCAUCGCCGUCGAGUGGUUCCUUGGGGGUACCAAGCUGGAGCCAAGCGACAGAGUGGUGUUGAAGUCGGAAGCUAAAGUCCACAGCCUGACUCUGAGGGACGUCAAGCUCAAUGAAGCCGGACAGAUCAAACUCACCGCCAAGGACUUCCAGACGGAGGCCAACCUCAUCGUCAAAGAGCCGGCGGUGGAGUUCUCGAAGCCUCUUCAGGACCAGACGGUGGAGGAAGAGGCCACCGCCACACUGGAGUGUGAAGUGUCCCGGGAGAAGGCCGAGGUGAGAUGGUUCAAGGACGGCACCGAGAUCAGGAAGACAAAGAAGUAUGAGAUGAUCGUGGACGGCCACAAGAGGGCGCUGAUCAUCCACGACUGCACGCUGGACGACUCCAGGACGUACGCCUGCGACGCCAAGCAGUUCAAGACCUCCUGCUUCCUCAACGUGGAGCCUCCACACAUCGAGUUUUCGAAGCCGCUGCACGACGUGGAAGUGAAAGAGAAGGAAUCUGCCAGGUUUGAGUGUGAAGUGUCCAGACAGGACGUCAAGGUCCGCUGGUUCAAAGACGGAAGUGAAAUUAGGAAAGGGAAGAAGUACGAGAUGGUGUCUCAGGGCCGGCAGCACGUCCUCAUCGUCCACAAGUCUGUGUUCGACGACGAGGCGGAGUACGAGUGCGACGCCAAAACCCUCAAGUCCUCCGGCAUGCUCACUGUCGUCGAGGAGGAGACGCGCUUCAGUAAGAACCUGUCCAGCGUGGAGGGCACGGAGACGGACAGCGUGAAGCUGAUCUGCGAGGUGUCCAAACCCUCGGCCGAGGUGCGCUGGUUCAGAGGAGACGAGGAGCUGCCGGAGGGCGGCCGCUACGAGCACAUCGUGGACGGGAAGAGGAGGAUCCUGCUGAUCCAGGACCUGAAGAUGGCCGACGCCGCGGAGUACACCUGCAGGCUGAGCGCCAGCAUCAAGACCUCCGGGACCCUCAAGAUCAACGAGCUGGCUGCAGAGUUCAUCUCGCGGCCGCAGAGCGUGGAGGUGGUGGAGGGCGAGAAGGCGGAGUUCAGCUGCUCCGUCUCCAAAGACACGUUCGAGGUGAAGUGGCUGAAGGACGGCUCGGAGCUGCAGGCCGGAGACAAGUUCAGCAUGCUGAGCGACGGGAAGAGACGCUCGCUGGUCAUCAAGGACAGCGAGCCCAAGGACGAGGGCGCCUACGUGGUGAUGAUCGGAGCGACGCGCGCCAGCGCAGACCUCACCGUGCUCGAGAAGCUGAGGAUCAUCACGGCGCUGAAGGACACGGAGGCCAAGGAGGGACAGGAAGUGGUUCUGAACUGCGAGGUGAACACAGAGGGCGCGAAGGCCAAGUGGCUGAAGAAGGAGGAGACGGUGUUCGAGAGCAGCAAGUACGUGAUGGUGCAGAGAGACAACGUGUUCUCGCUGAGGAUCAAAGACGCCCAGAAGGGAGACGAGUCUGAGUACAGCAUCAACCUGACCAAUCAGAGAGGAGAGCAGGCCAAGAGCGCCUGCAACCUCUCCGUCAAAGAGGAGAGCAUGAGGUUCGUGGUUCCUCUGGAGGACAUCGACACCCAGGAGAAGAACACAAUCGUCUUCUCCUGCAAGGUGAACCGGCCCAACGCCACGCUGAAGUGGAUGAAGGCGGGCCAGGAGAUCACCUUCAGUAAACGCAUCGUAUACCGGGCGGACAAAGAGAAGCACACGCUCACCAUCAAGGACUGUACGCUUGCCGACGAGGGCGAGUACACCGCCAUGGCCGGAGACAGCAAGUGCACGGCGGAGCUGAUCAUCAGCGAGGCGCCCACCGACUUCAGCAUACAGCUGAAGGACCAGACCAUCACAGAGUUCGAGGACGCAGAGUUCACCUGCAAACUCACCAAAGACAAGGCAGACCCCAAGUGGUACAGGAACGGACGCGAGAUCAGAGAAGGACCCAGAUAUACAUUUGUGAGAGAAGGGAAGAUGUGCACGCUGCGCAUUAAGGAGUGCAGACCCGAGGAUGAGUGUGAGUACGCCUGCGGAGUCGACGACAAGAGAUCCAGAGCCCGGCUCUUCAUCGACGAGACCCCAGUGGAGAUCAUCAGACCCCCCCAGGACGCGUUCCAGGCCCCCGGCUCGGACGUAGUGUUCGAGGUGGAGCUGAACAAGGACCGCGUGGAGGUGAAGUGGCUGAGGAACAACAUGACAGUCGUGCAGGGAGACAAGUACCAGAUGAUGAGCGAGGGCAAGAUCCACCGGCUGCAGGUCUGCGAGAUCCGGCCCAGAGACCAGGGCGAGUACAGACUCGUCGUCAAGGACAAAGACGCCAAGGCCAAGCUGGAACUCGCAGCGGUGCCUCAGAUCAAGACAACAGACCAGAGCUACGUCACUGACGCCAGGAAGCCCAUCGUCAUGGCCGUCCCGUACAGCGCCUACCCUCAGGCCGAGGCCAACUGGAUGUACAACAACCUGAGUCUGCCCAAGGACAACAUCCACACCUCAGCCGACCGCACAGAGCUCAGGCUGAAGGACCCGCUGAAGUCCGACGAGGGCCGCUACAAGAUCACCAUCAAGAACAAGCACGGGCAGGGGGAGGCCUUCAUCAACCUGGAGGUCAUCGACGUCCCUGGACCCGUGAAGAACUUCCAGGUUGUCGACACCGCCGACGGCGAGGUGAGUCUGGCGUGGGAUGAGCCUGAGAGCGAUGGCGGCGCUAAGGUUAUUGCCUACGUUGUUGAGAGACGCGACGUGAAGCGUAAGACGUGGACUCUGGCCACGGAUCACUCCGAGAGUCCGGAGUACACAGUGACCGGACUCCAGAAGGACUCCAUGUAUCUGUUCAGAGUCUGCGCCAGAAACCGGGUCGGCAGCGGACCCAACGUGGACACCGACAAACCCGUACAGGCCAAGAACAAGUUUGACGUUCCCGAGGCUCCUCUGAACGUCAUCGUUGGAAACGUGACGAAGUUCGGCUGCACCGUCUCCUGGGAUCCUCCGGAGUCUGACGGCGGCUCGCCCAUCACCUCCUUCGUCAUCGAGCUGCGCGACCGCACGUCCGUGAAGUGGACGCCCGUGCAGAUCACGAAGGCCGACGAGCUGAGCGCCAUCGUCAACGACGUCAUCGAGAACAAGGAGUACAUCUUCAGAGUGAAGGCGCAGAACAAGGCCGGCGAGGGGAAGCCCAGCGCCGCCUCGCGCCCCGUUAAGAUCAUGGACCCCAUCGAGAGGCCCAGUGUGCCCCUGAACCUGGUCUCGCAGGACCAGAACAAGAACUCUGUGCAGCUGAGCUGGGAGACGCCGCUGAGGAACGGAGGCAGUACGAUCACCGGAUACAUCAUCCAGCGCUGCGAGGAGGGAACCGACAAGUGGAUGCGGUGCAACACCCGCCUCUGCCCAGACCUCUGCUACAACGUGUCUGGUCUGAAAUACGGGAAGAAGUACAACUACAAAGUGUUCGCUGAGAACGCUGCCGGACUGUCCGACCCGUCCAACACCAUCGGCCCCCUGCUGGCCGACGACACACACUUCGCUCCUUCCUUCGACCUGAGUGCGUUCAAAGACGGUCUGGAGGUGAUCGUGCCGCAGCCCCUCACCAUCAGGGUCCCGAUCACCGGGUACCCCACGCCCGUCGCCAAGUGGACGUUCAGAGAGAAAAAGCUGAGCACCGACGAGGAGCGCGUCUCCAUGACGACCAAGUCCUCGUUCACGGAGCUCAUCGUGAUGCCGAGCGUCCGCCCCGAUAAGGGAACCUACACCCUGACGCUGGAGAACGACGUGACCUCCGUCAGCGGAGACAUCGAGGUCAACGUCAUCGCGGCGCCCAGCGCCCCGAAGGACUUCAAGGUUCUGGAGGUGACCCGGCAGCACGUGCAGCUGAGCUGGGAGGCGCCGGAGCACGACGGAGGAAGCCCUCUGAUUGGGUACCAGGUGGAGAAGAGAGACCUGUCCCGCAAGACCUGGGUCAAGGUGACCGCUGGGAUCCAGGACCAGGAGCUGACGGUGACCGACGUGAUGGAGGGGAAGGAGUACCUGUUCAGAGUCACCGCCUGCAACAAGUGUGGACCAGGAGAGCCGGCGUACAUCGACGAGCCCGUCAACGUGUCCUCGCCCGCCACGAUCCCCGACCCCCCCGAGAACCUGCGCUGGAGAGACAAGUCGGCGAGCGGCAUCUUCCUGACCUGGGAGCCUCCGAAGUACGACGGCGGCGCCGGGAUCCGCGGCUACAACGUGGACCGCCUGCAGAGAGGCACCGACAAGUGGGAGCCCUGCGGAGACAUGGUCCCCGAGCUGAAGGUGCAGGUGACCGGCCUCACCGAGGGCCAGUGGUACGCCUACAGGGUCCGGGCCCUCAACAAGCUGGGGGCCAGCAGACCCUGCAAGGCCACCGACGAGAUCCAGGCCGUGGACCCCAAAGAGGCUCCAGAGAUCCAGCUGGACGCCAAGCUGCUGGGCCUCACGGCCAAGGCGGGCAGUAAGAUCGAGCUGCCGGCCGAGGUGAAGGGGGAACAGAGCCCCGCGUUGAAGUGGACCAAAGCAGACCUGGUUCUGAAGGCGGAGGACCGGGUCUCCAUCGACACCACCCCCGGACACUCCACCGUCACCAUCGCCAAGACCCAGAGAGACGACAGCUCCACCUACAUCAUCGAGGCCACCAACAGCAGCGGGCGCGCCACCGCCACCGUGGACGUCAACAUCCUGGAUAAGCCCGGCCCCCCCGCGGCCUUCGAUAUCUCAGAGAUCACCAACGAGACGUGCUUCCUGGCCUGGAACCCGCCCCGAGACGACGGAGGAUCGAGGGUCACGAACUACAUCGUGGAGCGCAGAAACGUGGAUAGCGAGAUCUGGCACCGCCUGUCCUCCACCAUCAAGCAGACCACCUACAAGGCUGUAGCCCUCACCAAGUUCAAGGAGUACAUCUUCAGGGUCUUCGCCGAGAACCAGUUCGGAGUGGGACCCCCCGCGGAGCACUUGCCCAUCAUCGCCAGAUACCCCUUCGACACCCCCGGCGCUCCCUACAAGCUGGAGGCGUCGGACAUCGCCAAGGACUCGGUGACGCUGGCCUGGUACGAGCCGGACGAGGACGGAGGCAGCCCGAUCACCGGGUACUGGGUGGAGCGCUACGAGGCCGACCUCGACAAGUGGAUCCGCUGCAACAAGCUGCCCAUCAAGGACACCAACUACAGAGUCAAAGGUCUUCCCACCAGGAAGAAGUACAAGUUCAGAGUCCUGGCGGAAAAUCUCUCAGGAACCGGAAAACCCAGCGCGGAGACGGACCAGAUCCUGAUCAAAGACCCCAUCGACUCCCCCUGGGCUCCAGGUAAGCCCAGGAAGGACGUGGCGAAGACUUCCUGCUUCCUCAUGUGGAGCAAGCCGGAGCACGACGGCGGAGCGAAGAUCGAGGGGCUACGUGAUCGAGUGGCUGAAGAGCUAGCACCAGACGGACUGGUAUCAGGGUGGCCGAGGAACAUCAACCUGCUGGAGCACUCCCUGAAGGGCCUGAUGGAGAAGCAGGAGUACUCCUUCAGGGUCCGAGCCGUCAAUGUGGCCGGAGAGAGUGAACCCAGCGAGCCCAGCGAGCCCGUGCUCUGCAAGGAGAGACUCAACCCCCCCUCAGCACCCCGCUGGCUGGAUGUGAUGAGCGUCACCCGCAGCAGCGCUGAUCUGAAGUGGUCUCUGCCGGAGAGGACUGGCGGCGCCCCCAUCACUAACUACGUGGUGGAGAAGAGGGACGCCAGGCGUAAAGGCUGGCAGGCGGUGGACACCACGGUGAAGGAGCUGAAGUACACCGUGUCUCCGCUCAACGAGGGCUCGCUCUACGUGUUCCGCGUCGCUGCAGAGAACAGCGUCGGAGUCGGAGAGUUCUGCGAGCUCAAAGACUCCGUCAUGGCCAAGGACAACUUCUCUGCUCCCGGCCCACCCUACGCUCUCAGCGUCUUCGGCAUCUCCAAGAGAUACGUGGACCUGCAGUGGGAGGCGCCCAAGAACGACGGAGGAAGACCCAUCCUCAAAUACUCGUUGGAGAAGAAGGAGAAGCUGGCACUCGCUGGGUGGAAGUGCGGGAAGACGUCGGGUCCGGACUGUAAGUACCGGGUCACGGACGUCAUCGAGGGAACUGAGGUCCAGUUCCAGGUCAGCGCGGAGAACGAGGCGGGCACCGGACCACCCAGCGAGCCCACUGAGAUCCUGACCAUCGAGGACCCCCCAGGCAUCCCCUCCCCCCCCGUGGAGCUCCAUGUCACCGUAGCCAGCCGUGACUUCCUGUCCAUCGCCUGGAAGCCCCCCCAGAGGGACGGCGGCUGCCCCAUCAGAGGGUACCACGUGGAGAUUUGUGCUGCCGGCACAGAGAUGAUGAGAGUCAACUCUCGCCCCGUGAAGGAGCUGAAGUUCUGCGUGACGGCGGAGGAGGGCGUCGUUCCCGAGAAGGAGUACAUCCUGAGGGUCCGAGCAUCAACUCUGUGGGCGUCAGCGAGCCUCCGACCUCUCAGAGACGUGUUCGCCAAAGAGUCCGACUGUAACCCCCAGCUGGAGUUCCAGACUCUGGACCUGGUUGUCGUGGAGACGGAGAAGCUUCACAUCCCCAUUCCCUUCAGAGCCGUGCCCUCGCCCAGGAUCACCUGGCACAAAGACGGCAAGGAGCUGAAGGCCGACGAGCGCCUGGGAUUCAGACUGCAGGCGGCAGCACCAGGAAUCUACACGCUGAGCGCCAAGAACGAGGGCGGGGAGAGGAAGAAGGCCGUCAUCGUGGAGGUCCUCGACGUCCCCGGUCCGGUGGGUCUCCCGUUCGCCGGAGAGAACCUGACCAACGACUCGUGUAAACUCACCUGGUAUUCCCCGGAGGACGACGGCGGCUCGGCCGUCACGAAACUACAUCAUCAGAAGAGAGAGUCGGACCGGAUGGGCUGGACCUCGGUGUCGUACACCGUGACCCGGAACAACGCCGUGGUUCAGGGCCUUCUGGACGGGAAGGGGUACUUCUUCAGGAUCGCAGCCGAGAACAUCAUCGGGAUGGGACCCUUCAUCGAGACGGAGCAGAUGGUGCUCAUCAAGGACCCCAUCUCGGUCCCUGAGCGCCCCGAGGAUCUCCAGAUCACGGGCGUCUCUAAGGAUUCUCUCUCCGUGUCGUGGCGCCCCCCGAAGUACGACGGCGGCUCCGAGGUGACAGAAUACUUUCUGGAGUCUCGAAUGGUCGGCCGCGACAGCUUCGUGCGGGUCGGCGCCGACACCAAGCUGCUGGACAAGAAGUUCACUCUGAGCGGACUGAAGGACGGCAGCAGCCAUGAGUUCAAGGUCUCUGCCGUCAACAAGGUGGGCCGCGGGAAGACCUCCUUCGCCACCAAACCUGUGCAGUGCAAGGACGAGAUCGAGCCCCCCAUCCUGGACCUGGACUUCCGGGAGAAGAUGAUGGUGAAGGUGGGCGACAGCUGCACCCUGUCCGGUCGCUUCAGCGGGAAACCGGCCCCGACUAUCUCCUGGACGAAGAACGAGGAGGAGCUGAAGUCUCAGGACGAGAUCUCCCUGCACAGCACGGGCCGACACCUGAGCCUCAGCAUCGGCUCGGCCCGGAGAGAACACACCGGAGCCUUCUGCGUCAGCGUGGAGAACGCCGCGGGGGUCCGCAAGGGCCUCUGCAACAUCACUGUGGUCGAUCGACCCCAGGCCCCUGAGGGCCCCGUGGUGUUUGACGAGGUCUACAGGAACUACCUGGUGAUCAGCUGGAGCCCCCCCCUCGAUGACGGAGGCUGCGCCAUCUCCAACUACAUCGUGGAGAAGAGAGACACCAACAGAGACCUGUGGAUGCCCGUCACCUCCUCUGCAACACGCACCUCCUGCAAGGUGCCGAAGCUGAUUGAGGGUCGUGACUACAUCGUGAGGAUCAUGGCUCAGAACAUGUACGGAGUCAGUGAACCUCUGCUGUCUGCAGAGUGCAAAGCUAGAGACAUCUUCAAGGUUCCUGACGCUCCCAAACAGCCGGCCAUUAAGGAAGUCUUCCAGGACUCCGCCCUGAUCAGCUGGGAGCCUCCGGCCGACGGAGGGAAGCCCAUCUCAGGGUACAUCGUGGAGAGGAAGGAGACCAAGGCCACCAGGUGGGUGCGCUGCAACACUGAGCGCAUCUUCCCCAAGGUGGAGUACUGCGUGACGGAGCUGCUGAAGGGCUGCGAGUACGAGUUCAGGGUCAGCGCCGAGAACGUGGUGGGAGCCGGAGACCCAAGCCCCGCCACCAAACCCGUGUUCGCUAAAAACCCCAUCGUGAAGCCCAGCCCCCCCCAGAAUCUGGAGGUCAUCGACUUCACCAAAGAGUCCGUCACUCUGAGCUGGAAAGCCCCCGCAGACUGCGGCCGCGGGAAGAUCCUCGGAUACCUGCUGGAGUUCCAGAAGACCACCGACAACGAGUGGAGCAAGGUGAACCAGACCCCAGACUCGUGUCAGGAGACGCGCUUCAAGGUGAUCGAUCUGGAGGACGGCGCUCGGUACUUCUUCAGGGCGAUGGCAGUGAACGCCGCUGGAGAGUCAGACCCCGCUGAUCUGAAGGAACCGAUCCAAGUGCAGGACAGACUGGAGGCCCCAGAGCUCACCCUGGACGCCGCGAUGACCCGCGAGGUGAAGGCUCUCGCCGGCACCCACAUCGUUCUGAUGGCGACCAUUACGGGCGUCCCCUUCCCCUCCGUCACCUGGCAGAAGAACGAAGGCGAGGUGCCAACCCGCAUCGACAUCGACACCAGCCAGACCGGCACCAAGCUGGAGAUGAGGUUCUGUCAUCGUGGAGACUGCGGCGACUACACGCUGACCGUGGAGAACACGGCCGGGUCCAAGACCGCCACCUGCACCGUGCUCGUGUUCGAUAAACCCGGUCCCAUCCAACACCUUCGGGUGUCGGACGUGCGCAGCGACUCGGCCUACCUGUCCUGGAAAGACCCCGAGGAUAACGGCGGCGUCCGCAUCACUAACUUCGUGGUGGAGAAGAAGGACUCUGCGGCCACCCAGUGGGUCCCGCUGUGCUCCACCUCCAAGAAGCGCAGCAUGAUGCUGAAGCACCUGAUGGAGGGAACCUCCUACAACUUCCGCGUGGCAGCCGAGAACCAGUACGGCCGAAGCGAAUACACGGAGACCAGUAAGGCCGUCAAGGCCAUGAACCCACUCUUCCCCCCCGGUCCUCCCAAAGACCUGCACCACGACGACGUGGACAAGACAGAGGUGUGGUUGGUCUGGAACUGGCCUGACCGCAACGGAGGAAGUGACAUCACCGGCUUCCUGGUGGAGUACCAGGAGGAGGGAGAGAGGGAGUGGGACGAGUGGAAGACGGUGAGCAUCCCAGAGAGUCAUGUGACCGGCCUGGAGGAGGGCAAGACCUACCGCUUCAGAGUCCGGGCCGAGAACGCCAUCGGACUCAGCAGACCAGACACCACCUUGCCCAUCCUGUGCCAGGAGAAACUGGUCGCUCCCAUCCUGGAGGUUGACGUUAAGCUCACUGAAGGCAUCAUCGUGAAGGCCGGCACCACCAUCAGGCUGCCCGCCAUCAUGAGAGGAAUUCCUAUCCCCAUUGCCAAGUGGAUGGUGGAGGGAGAGGAGAUCACCACCGAGGGCAACGUCAAGAUCGAUACCGACAACUUCUCCACCGUGCUCAGCAUCAACGAAUGCACCAGGAGCCACACCGGCUCCUACCUGCUCUCCGUGAGCAACCCAGCCGGAACCAAGACCGCCGCCCUGAGCGUCACGGUGCUGGAUGUUCCCGCCGCUCCCAUCGGACCCGUCAACAUCCUGGAGGUCACUCCAGAGUCUAUGAUGAUUGAAUGGCGUCCUCCCAAGGACGACGGCGGCAGCGCUGUCACCGACUACAUCGUGGAGAAGAGGGAGUCCAACAAGGAGACCUGGGGAGGGGUGAGCUCCGGCAGCCUCUCUACCAAAGUCAACAUCAUCCGCCUCCAGAAGGGAGUGGAGUACGUGGUCCGCAUUCGUGCCCAGAACAAGAUGGGCGUCGGUGCUGCUCUGGAGAGCAAGCCCACUGUGGCCGAGCACACCUUCCUUCCUCCCAGCCCGCCAGGUACACCACAUGCCACUGAUGUCGCAGAGGACUCUGUCACAGUGGGCUGGACCAUGCCUCUGUCCGACGGGGGCAGCCAGAUCUCCGGGUACCUGAUCGAGCGCAGACACAAGGGAGGAAAGUGGAUCCGUGUGAACAGGACUCCCUGCAAAGACAUGAAGUACACAGUCCUUGGUCUGUUUGAAGGCAACGAGUAUGAGUUCAGAGUGUUUGCUGAGAAUAUCGCCGGCUACAGCAGCCCCUCUCCCACCUCUGACCUCUGCAAGCCCUGCAGACCCAUCACGGCCCCCGGCCCCCCUGUCAACCCCAAAGUUAAAGACUACAGCAAGGACACUGCCUACCUGGUGUGGACCAAACCCAACAAAGACGGAGGCAGCCCCAUCAUGGGCUACACCGUGGAAAUGAAGAAGGCUGACACUGAGGAUUGGCAAAAGGUGAACCUGGACGACUUCAUCAAGCAUUCCGCUUACACUGUGAAGGGUCUGGAGGAGGGAGCCACGUACAACUUCAGGAUCUUCGCCUCCAACAUGAUCGGAGAUGGCGAGUCCAAAGAGAUCCCGAAGUCCGUCACCGCUCAGGACAUCCUGAUCCCUCCAGAGAUCGAGAUGGACCUCUCCUGCCGCGAGCGCCUCACUGUGCGCGUCGGACACAACAUCAACAUGAUGGGCUACAUCAAGGCCCGCCCCGAGGCUGAGGUGCUUUGGUCGAAGGAGGAGGUGGUUCUGGAGAACAGCAAACGGGUCACCAUCACUCAGAACUUCCCUCUGGUCCACCUGAAGAUCAAGGAGGCCACAAGAGCGGACCAUGGCAAAUACGUCCUGAAGGCUUCCAAUGAAGGAGGCGAGGCUUCCUGCACCAUCACAGUCAAUGUGCUGGACAGACCCAGCCACUGCCAGAACCUGCACGUGACCUACGCCACCAAGGACUCCUGCAUGCUGAACUGGGAGACGCCUGGAGACAACGGUGGAUCUGAAAUCACCAACUACGUGGUGGAGUGCCGUGAGCCUAGCACCAGCAUGUGGUCCAUGAUCACCUCCCUCUGCACCAACCGCAAGAUCAAGGUCAAGCUGAUGGACGGCAAAGAGUACCUGUUCCGCGUCAGCGCCGUGAACAAGAUGGGCGCCGGUCCCACCAUGGAGACCAAGACCCCUCUGCUGGCCAUCGACCCCAUCGAGAAUCCCGGAGAGCCUGAGAACUUCAGAGCCACGGACAUUGGUAAGAACUACGUCUAUCUGAGAUGGAGGAAGCCCGACUUUGAUGGCGGCAGCCCCAACAUUUCAUACAACCUGGAGUGCAAAUCCAAGGAUGCUGAGGACUGGGAGAAACUCAACACCACCACCCUCACUGACACCUUCUUCCUGGCUGACAAGUGCAAAGAGAACCAGACCUACACCUUCAGGGUGCAGACCAUCAAUGAAGGAGGUGAAAGUGCUUGGGUGAAACUCGCUGAUAUUCUGGUAAAGGAGGAGAUCCUGAAGCCCGUCAUCGACCUGAAGUUGGCCGGAGUUCUGACGGUGAAGGUCGGAGAUUCUGUGAGGAUCGAGGCCAGCCUGAGAGGAAAACCCGCGCCGGAGGUCAAAUGGAUCAAAGAAAAGGCCGUCGGGGACAACCCCAGAAUCAGCUACGAGACCGGACCUGACUAUUCCAAGUUCCUUCUCACCAAGUCCAGACGCACGGACACCGGAAAGUUCAUCAUCACCGCCACCAACGUGGCCGGCACCUUCACGGCGUACGCUAACAUCAACGUCCUGGACGUCCCGGGCCCAGUGAGGAACCUCAGGGUCACCGGCAUCGGGGCCGACAAGUGCAGAGUGGUGUGGGACCCGCCGGAGGACGAGGGAGGCUGCGAGGUGGACAGCUACAUCCUGGAGAAAUGCGAGACCAGGAGGAUGGUUUGGUCCACGUACUCCGCCUCGGUGGUCACACCAUACUGCAACGUGAUCCGUCUGGUGGAGGGUAACGAGUACAUCUUCAGAGUGAAGGCAGAGAACAAGAUGGGCACUGGCCCCGCCAUGGAGAGCAAGCCUGUCACCGUCAAGACUCAGUUCAACAAACCUGGACCCCCAGAAGCCCCCGACGUCACCAAGGUCAGUAAAGAAGAGAUGACCGUUGUCUGGGCUCCCCCCGAGAACGACGGAGGAAAGUCCAUCACCGGCUACAUCCUGGAGAGGAAGGAGAAGAGAGCCGUCCGCUGGGUGCCGUGCACCAAGAGCCCCAUCUCUGAGAGACGCAUGAAGGUCACCAACCUGAUCCCCAACCACGAGUACCAGUUCAGGGUGAAGGCCGAGAACGAGGUGGGCCUGGGAGAACCCAGCAAGGCCUGCAGACCCGUCGGAGCCAAAGAUCCCAUCGAGCCCCCUGGUCCCCCUGCUUUCCUGAAGGUGGGCGACAGCACAAAGACCUCCAUCACCCUGACCUGGUCCAAGCCAGUGUACGACGGUGGUGCUCCCAUCAUCAACUACAGCCUGGACCUCAGGCUGAAGACCGAUGUGGAUCCCGAGAACCCCUCGGUGGGGUGGAAGAGGAUCGACACCAACGGCCCGCUGGUGCUCACAGAGUUCACCAUCGGACAGCUGGACGAGAAGCUAGAGUACGACUUCAAGGUGUCCGCCCAGAACCAGAUGGGCUGGGGACGCCACGCCUACCUUAAGGAAUCCGUGUCCCCCAAGGAGAUCAUUGAGGCUCCAGAGAUCGACCUGGAUGCCAGUCUGAGGAAGGGUCUGUCUGUGAGGGCCGGCUGCCCCAUCAGGCUGUUCGCCGUCGUCAGAGGACGACCCUCGCCUAAGGUCACGUGGAAACGCCUCGGCGUGGACAACGUGAUCCGCCGUGGACACGUGGACCAGGUGGACAGCAUGUCCUUCCUCGUCAUCCCCGAAAGCACCAGAGAGGAUUCUGGGAGAUACUCGCUGACUCUGUCCAACUCGGCCGGAGAGAAGGCCGUGUACGUCCGCGUCAAAGUCCUCGACACCCCCGGCCCUGUUGGCGGCCUGGAGGCGACGAACAUCACGAAGACAAGCGCGCAGCUGUCAUGGCUGCCGCCCGAUAACGACGGCGGAAGCCAGAUCCUGAACUACAUCGUGGAGAAGCGCGAGGUGGACCGGAAGACAUGGAACAAGUGCAUCGAGGACCUGAGGAAGACCAGCUUCAAGGUGUCCAACAUGACGCCCGGCAUCGAGUACUACUUCAGAGUCACCGCCUGCAACCAGUACGGCAUCGGAGUCCCGCAGGACUCGCCCAAAUCCUACCUGGCCGUCGACCCCAUCAGUGAGCCAGACCCCCCGAAGAAGAUGGACGUGUUGGACAUCACGAAGAACAGCGCCACGCUGGGCUGGCUGAAGCCGCUCAGAGACGGCGGGGCCAAGAUCAACGGCUACGUGGUGGACUACCAGGAGGAGGGCGCCGCAGAGGACAAGUGGACGCCGUACUCCGUGGUGAAAGACAUGAGCAUCGUGGUGGUGGGCCUGAAGGAGAACAUCAAGUACAAGUUCAGGGUCGCUGCCAGGAACUCAGUGGGGGUCAGUCUGGCCCGCGAGGCCGAAGGGAUCUUCGAGGUCAAAGAGCAGCUCAUGGCUCCGAAGGUGAUGACUCCGGACAUCGUGUCGGUGCGAGCCGGAUCUAAGAUGGUUCUGGAGGCCAUCGUGGCCGGGAAGCCCGCUCCCUUCUGCAAGUGGAAGCAGGGCAACGAGGACGUGCUGACCUCCGACCGCCUGUCCGUGGUGAAGACGCUCACCAGCUGCACCCUCAUCACCAAGAACGUGAAGCGGGAGGACAGCGGCUACUACAGCCUGUCCGCAGAGAACAGCAGCGGACGGGUCAACCAGAUCAUCAAGGUCACCGUCAUGGAUAUCCCCGGGCCCCCCGAGGCCCCCCUGGAGGUGACGGAGGUGGAUGUGGACGGAUGCACCCUGCUUUGGGGGUCGCCCCAGGAGGACGGAGGCAGCAACAUCACCAACUACAUCGUGGAGAAGUGUGACGUGAGUCAGGGAGACUGGACCAUGCUCACCUCCUCCUGCACCAAGACCAGCUUCAAGGUCCCCAAGCUGUGUCUGGGCAAAGAGUACGGCUUCAGGGUCCGCGCAGAGAACAGGUUCGGCAUCUCAGCGCCCAUCUACUCCGAGAAGAUGAUCGCCAGGUGUCCGUUCGACCCCCCCAGCGAGCCCCUGAAUCUGCAGAUCAACAGGAUCAACAAGGACUACGUCAUCCUGUCCUGGGAGCGCCCCAGCAGCGAUGGAGGCUCCCCUCUGACAGGAUUCGUCAUCGAGAAGAAGGAGCGUAACAGCCUGCUGUGGAUGAGGGCCAACGAGUCGUUGGUGAAGGCCACGCAGUACACCUGCAGCGGGCUGAUGGAGGGCGUGGAGUACACCUUCAGGGUGGCCGCGCUCAACAUGGCCGGACAGGGGAAACCCUGCAAGCAGACCGACAUCAUCAUCGCCAGGACCGCCAUCGACCCCCCCGGUAAGCCCGAGGUGAUGGACGUGACGAAGCACUCUGUGUCUCUGGUGUGGAGCCGCCCGGCGAACGACGGCGGCAGCAAGCUGAUCGGAUACUACAUGGAGUACAUGAAGCUGCCGGAGGAGAAGUGGACGCGCUGCAACGCCAAUUGCAUGAGCAUCCAAUCAGAGAGCUACACGGUGAGCGGGCUGGACGAGGGCCAGCAGUACCAGUUCAGGGUCAUCGCCAGGACCGCCAUCAACACCAGCCUGCCCUCCGAGCUGUCGGACAAGAUCCCCGUCAUCGCAGAGCACGUUCCCCCCCGCGUGGAACUGGGUCUGGAUAUGAAGAACCUGAUCGUGGUGAAGGCCGGAGAGAACGUGUCCAUGGAAGCCGAGGUGUUCGGCAAACCGAUCCCCAAAGUGACCUGGAUGAAGGACAGCGCUGUGGUGCACGUGGAGGGCAUGAAGCUGAGCCAGAAGAAGCACCAAUACAUGCUGGACCUGUUCUGCGUCACCAGGAAAGAGUCCGGUGACUACAGCAUCCACGCAGAGAACCCCAGCGGGUCCAAGUACGCCACCAUCAAGGUCAAGGUGCUCGAUAAACCCGGCCCCCCCGCCUCGGUGAAGAUCGCCAAGGUGUUCUGUGACCGUGUGAAGCUGCGCUGGGAACCCCCCAUCGCUGACGGAGGAUCAGAGAUCACAAACUACAUCAUGGAGAAGAGAGAGACCAGCAGAGCCAACUGGGCUCUGGUGAGCUCGAACAUCCACGGACACAACACAGACUCUCUGGUGGAGAAACUCAUCGAGGGCCACGAGUACGAGUUCAGGGUCAGCGCGGAGAACCAGUACGGGGUGGGAGACGCCAUCAUGACCGACCCCGUCAUGGUGAAGAACCCCUACGACGUCCCUGGGCCCUGCGAGCCGCCCGUCAUCACCAACAUCACCAAGGACUCCAUGACGGUGAGCUGGAAGGCGCCGGCAAACGACGGCCGCGCCUCCAUCCUGGGCUACAUGGUGGAGAGGCGCGAGGCCACAGAGCUGGCCUGGGCCAAGGUCAACCGACGACCCGUCAUCGACCGCUCCAUCAAGGCGGUGCAGCUGAGCGAAGGGUCCGAGUACGAGUUCAGGGUCAUCGCGCUCAACAAGGCGGGGCCGGGGAAACCCAGCGACGCCUCCAACGGAGCGCUGGCCUUAGACCCCGUCUACCCCCCUGGUCCUCCUGCCUUCCCGAAGGUGGUGGACUCGACCCGCUCCUCCGUCAGCCUCAGCUGGACCAAGCCGGCGUACGAUGGCGGCUGCGAGAUCAUCGGCUACCUGGUGGAGUGUAAGCGUGUGGACGGAGAACACUGGAACAAGUGCAACAUCCCCAAGAAGCUGCAGGAGACGCGCUUCCUGGCGACCGGACUGAUGGACGACGCAGAGUACCAGUUCAGGGUCAUCGCGGUCAACAAGAUCGGCUUCAGCGAGCCCAGCGAGGUCCCCGGGAACCACACGCCCAAAGACAUCCUGAUCGCCCCUGAGGCGGAGCUGGAUGCUGACCUGAGGAAGGCUCUGGUCCUGAGGGCGGGGGUCACCAUGAGGGUCUACGUCCCUCUGAGGGGCCGCCCGGCGCCCAAAGUGACGUGGUCCAAGGCGGACGCCAACCUGAAGGACCGGCAGGUUCUGAUCAAGACGUCGGAGUGGGACACGCUGCUGAUGAUCGAGGACGUGAACAGAUACGACGCCGGGAAGUACAUCCUGACUCUGGAGAACAGCAGCGGCUCCAAGAGCUACACCAUCGUGGUCAAAGUGCUCGAUACCCCCAGCCCCCCCCUGAACCUGACAGUGAAGGAGACUUCAAAGACCCACAUCUCCAUCACCUGGGACUCCCCCCUGCUGGACGGCGGCUCCCCGGUGAAGAGCUACGUGGUGGAGAAGCGUCUGGCGGACAGGAAGGCCUGGACCUGCGUGGCCGCCACCUGCCACAAGAUCUCCUACAGGGUGACGGGCCUGGAGGAGGGGCAGGCGUACUGCUUCAGGGUGCUGGCCGAGAACGCGUACGGCAUCGGGGAGGGCUGCGAGACCGCCGGCAGCGUGCGGGCCUCAGAGCAACCGGGCCCCGUGGCAGAGUUCAAGGCCACGAAGACCACGAAGGACUGCAUCGUGCUGGCCUGGAAGAAACCACUGGUCGACGGCGGCAGCUUCGUCACGUCUUACAUCCUAGAGCAGAGCGAGGGCGAGGACAAGUGGACGGAGAUCCUGAAGGGCAAGACCACCUCCCACACCAUGGGGGAGCUCACCGAGGGCACCGAGUACCUGUUCAGGGUCAAGGCCCUCAACCAGUCUGGGGAGGGACCGCCAUGCGAGCUCACUGUUAUCGCCAAGGACCAGUUCGUGCUGCCUGACUGCAACCUGAGUGCCCUGCAUGACGGCUGCUGCGUGGUGAAGGAGGGCAGCACCACCCGCAUCAACAUCCCGCUCAUCGGCACCCCCAUCCCCACCGUCACCUGGAAGAAGGGCGACACAGGGAUCGGCGACACCGGCAGGAUGUGUGUGGAGUCGUCUACGGGCGUCACCACGCUGCUGAUCAGAGACUGCCAGAGAGGAGACGCCGAGACCUACAAAAUCCACGCCCGCAACAACGCCGGCUCCAAGGAGUGCAAGUUCACUGUGAAGGUGGUGGGCAAACCCGGCAUCUGCACCGGACCCAUCAAGUUCGACGAGAUCACGGCCGACGGCAUCACGCUGGAGUGGGGCCCGCCCACAGAUGAUGGUGGCGCCGAGGUGUCCAACUACAUCGUGGAGAAGAGAAGGACCACGGACAACAAGUGGGCCACGGUUGCGUCCGCCCUUCAGAAGACCAGCAUGAGGGUGAUCCGGCUGCACGACGGCGUGGAGUACAUCUUCAGAGUGUUCGCAGAGAACAAGUACGGGGUGGGCGAGUGCCUGAGGUCCGAGCCCGUCAUCGCACAGCAUCCCUUCAAUGUGCCCGAGGCUCCUGCUCCUCCAGUAAUAGCAGAAAUUCGCCAUGAGAUGGCCAUGUUGACCUGGAUGGAUCCAAAGGAAACCGGCGGAUCCCCAAUUACUGGGUUCCACGUGGAGUUCAAGGAGAGGAACAGCCUGAUGUGGAAGCGAGCGACGAAGACUCCUCUGAGACUGAGGGAGUGCAGAGUCACCGGCCUGAUCGAAGGACUGGAGUACGAGUUCAGAGUGAUGGCCAUGAACAUGGCCGGCCUCGGCAGGCCAAGCAGGGUCACAGAGGCUGUGGUUGCCCUGGAUCCUAUUGAUCCUCCUGGCAAGCCUGAAGUGAUCAGCAUCACCAGGAACACGGUCACUCUCAUGUGGACCGCUCCCAAAUAUGAUGGCGGCCACAAGUUGACCGGCUACAUGGUGGAGAAGUUAGAGGCUGACGGCAAGGCCUGGUUGAAGGCCAAUCACGUCAACAUCCAGGGCUGUGCCUUCACCGUCACCGACCUGACGGAGGGAGCUCAGUAUCAGUUCCUGGUCAAGGCCAAGAACUCUGCUGGAGCUGUCAGUGUUCCUUCAGAGACCACUGAGCUUGUGGCUUGCAGGGAUGAAUAUGAGCCCCCGACCAUCACUAUUGACCCGGACAUGAAGGACGGCGUUUCAGUGAAGGCAGGGGACACCAUCGUGAUCAGAGCCUCCAAGAUUUUGGGCAAACCUCUCCCCACUUCUGCGUGGUCCAAGGGAGGCCGUGAGUUUAAGAGCUCGGAGAUCGUCUCCAUCACCACCACCCCCACAUCCUCCACUCUGUCAAUCAAGUACGCCAGCCGGAAGAACACCGGAGAGUACACCAUCACCGCCAGCAACCCCUUCGGCAUUAAGGAAGAACACGUGAAGGUGAAGGUCCUCGACGUGCCCGGACCUCCAGGCCCCAUUGAAGCCAGUAACAUUUCCGCUGAGAAGUGCACUCUGACCUGGCUGCCACCAGACGAGGACGGAGGCUUCUCCAUCAAGUCCUACACCCUGGAGAAGAGAGAGACCAGCCGCCUGCAGUGGACCAAGCUAUCAGAAAACAUCAUGGACUGCAGAUACAUCGCUGCCAAACUGAUCAAAGGCAACGAGUACAUCUUUAGAGUGUGUGCCGUGAACCAGAUUGGCACUGGAGACGCCAGCCAAUCUGCUCCAGUCAAAAUGAUUGACAGCUUCCGUGCACCAGGACCACCCUCAGUCCCAGAGGUUGAUAACAUCAGUAGGAAUGCUAUCACCAUUUCAUGGAGGAGACCAGUACAAGACGGUGGAAGUGACAUUAGAGGAUAUAGUGUAGAGAGGAAAGAGAAGAAAGGAAUGAGAUGGGUGAGGGCCUCCAAAAGGACGGUCCCUGACCUGCGCUUUAAGGUGCAAGGCCUGACUGAAGGAGUAGAGUAUGAGUUUAGAGUGACUGCAGAGAACAAGGCUGGAUUUGGGGAGCCAAGUGAGCCAUCGGCACCUGUGAUGACCAAAGACAUUGUCUAUCCCCCUGGACCUCCAUCCAACGCCAGACUCACAGACACCACAAAAACCACAGCUUCCUUAGCCUGGGGCAAACCCCACUAUGAUGGCGGCCUUGAAGUAGAUGGAUAUACUGUUGAGUACAAAAAGGAAGGUCAUGAUGACUGGGAGGUAGAGACACCGUAUCCAGUGAAAGUUACAGAAUACGUUAUUGGCAAACUUCAGAAAGGAGGGAAAUACCACUUCAGGAUUAUCGCUGUAAACUCAGAGGGAGUUGGUGAGCCUGCAGAGAUUGAGAACGUGACUGAACUGGUGGACCAAGAGUCGCUGCCAGACUUUGAGCUGGAUGCUGAAUGCAGGAGAACCCUGGUGGUCAGAUGCCGUGCUUCAAUCCGGUUGUUUGUACCCAUCAGAGGUCGUCCCGUUCCCGAAGUAACCUGGAGCAAAGAUGAUACCAACCUGAAACAACGUGCACACAUCGACACCACAGAGUCCUACACCCUCCUGGUUGUUCCUGACUGCACCAGAUACGAUGCUGGAAAGUACAACCUUUGUCUUGAGAAUGUUGCCGGAAAGAAGACAGGCUUUGUUAAUGUGAAGGUUUUGGACACACCAGGACCACCAGUUAACGUCAUACCUAGAGAGAUCACUAAGAACAGCAUCAGCCUCCAGUGGGAAAUCCCCAUUAUCGAUGGCGGUUCUAAGAUCCAUAGAUACGUUAUUGAAAAGAGAGCGGCCACCAAGAAGGCCUACACAGUGCUCAGCACUAAAUGGCAGAAGUGUUCCUUCAAGUUUACAGACCUUGAGGAGGGAGCAUACUACUACUUCCGUAUCUCUGCUGAGAAUGACUUGGGCGUAGGCGAACCCGCUGAAUCCCCUGAGCCAAUCAGGGUGUCCCAGUCCCCCUCUGCACCAGAGAACUUGUACGUCACUGAUGUGACAGCUGACAGCGCCAGCCUGUCAUGGACCAAACCCCUGCACGAUGGUGGCAGCUUGAUCACUGGAUACGUUAUUGAAUCCCAGAAGAAAGAUGGGGAGUGGGUCCAUGCAGCCGCCAUCAAGGCUCUGGAUUACACUGCCACAGAUCUGGUCGAGGGUGCAGAAUAUACAUUCCGCAUUAUGGCCGUCAAUGCAUCGGGCAGGAGCGACCCGCGUGAGAGCAGGCCUGCCAUUAUCAAAGAGCAGACUUCAGCUCCUUCCUUUGACCUGCGUGGAAUCUACCAGAAGACGGUCAUUGCCAAGGCAAGGGACCGCCUCAAGGUGGAGAUUCCUGUUCUUGGCAAACCCAGACCUGUGGUUUCCUGGAAGAAGGGAGAAAUAGCGCUCAAGGAGACACAAAGAAUCAACGUUGAAACCACACCAACAUUAACUAUCCUGAACAUCGCUGAGAUCAAGAGGAGCGAUGGAGGCCCGUAUUCCGUGACUGGGAAGAACAUGCUGGGUACAGUGACUGAGACAAUCACAGUCCUGGUCCACGACAUUCCCGGUCCUCCCACUGGACCCAUCAAGCUGGAGGAGGUCUCAUGUGAUUAUGUUCUCAUGUCCUGGGAGGCACCAGAGAAUGACGGAGGUGUUCCUAUCAACAACUAUAUUGUUGAAAUGAGGGACACUACUGGUACUUCCUGGAUGGAGCUGGCAGCAACAGUUAUCCGCACCACAUUCAAGGCAGCCAAACUCAACACUGGAACAACAUAUCAAUUCCGUGUCAAGGCCCAGAACAGAUAUGGCAUUGGACCGUGCAUUGUCUCUGAGCAAGUGGUUGCUGCCUAUCCAUUUGAUGUGCCAGGCCAGCCAGACACUCCUGUGGUCACAUCUUUCAACAAGGAUGCAAUGACUCUGAGCUGGAAUGAGCCUUCCUCUGAUGGAGGCAGUGUCCUCAUUGGCUAUCAUGUCGACAGAAAAGAGAAAAACAGCAUUCUGUGGCAGAGGAUUAGCAAAGGUCCUGUUGUUGGAAACAUCUUCAAAUCAACCGGACUUGUUGAUGGCAUUGCAUAUGAACAUCGUGUUACUGCUGAAAACAUGGCCGGUCUCAGCAAACCAAGUAAACCCUGUGAAGCUGUGUAUGCUUUGGACCCAGUCGACCCACCAGGCAGACCUGUGGCACUGAAUGUCACCAGACAUGAGGUGACUGUGUCAUGGACCAGACCGGAGGGAGAUGGUGGAUUCUCCAUCACUGGAUACACAGUAGAGAAGAGAGAGAUGCCCAACGGACGCUGGCUCAAAGCCAACUUCAACAACAUCCUAGAAACCAUCUACACUGUCAGUGGUCUGAUUGAAGACGCUACUUAUGAGUUCCGUGUGUUUGCCAGAAAUUCAGCUGGUGCUCUGAGUGCUCCAUCCCAGUCAUCGGAGGCAAUUACAUGCAGAGAUGACCUGGAAGAACCCAGGCUUGAUGUUGACUCAUCGUAUAGCAGCACUGUUGUUGUGAUGGCAGGAGAGUUGUUCAAGCUGGAGGCCAAUGUUACUGGCAGGCCACUUCCAUCUCUGGUAUGGACCAAGGAAGGAAAGGAGCUUUUGGAUACAGGCAAGCUGGAGAUAAAGUCAACUGAUUUCCACACAGUUCUUACAAACAAAGAUUCCCUGAGGAAGGACGGAGGUGUCUUUAUUCUGACUGCCAGCAAUCCCGCAGGCUUUGCCAAGUUCACCUUCAAUGUCAAGGUGCUGGACAGACCCGGACCACCAGACUCCCUCACUGUUACUGACGUCACUGCUGAGAAAUGUGUCCUUAACUGGCUGCAUCCAUCACAUGAUGGCGGUGCCAAGAUCGAGUACUUUGUCAUACAGAGGCGAGAGACAAGUAGGUUGGCAUGGACAAAUGUGGCCACGGAACUUCAGGCAAACAGGUUCAAGGUCACUAAGCUUCUGAAAGGCAAUGAAUAUGUCUUCAGAGUCAUGGCUGUUAACAAAUAUGGCGUGGGUGAGCCCCUGGAGUCUGAAGCUAUCAUCUGCACCAACCCCUAUGUCCCCAGCGACCCCCCACAGCAGCCUGAAGUCACCACCAUUACAAGAGACUCCAUGGUCGUCUGCUGGGAACGCCCCGAACACGAUGGAGGCAGCAGAUUGAACACCUACAUUAUUGAGAGAAGGGAUAAGACUGGCAUGCGCUGGGUGAAAUGCAACAAGAGGACUGUCACUGACCUGCGUUUCAAGGCCUCGGGCCUCACACCAGGACAUGAAUAUGAAUUCAGAGUUUUUGCAGAAAAUAAUGCUGGUCUAAGUCAGCCUAGUCCCUCCAGUCCAUUUUACAAAGCCGAAGACACCAUUUUCCAGCCUGGACCUCCAGGGAACCCAAGAGUGCUGGACACAACCAAAUCAUCCAUCACCCUUGCCUGGAACAAGCCUGUAUAUGAUGGUGGUUCGGAAAUCACUGGUUACAUGGUGGAGACCUGCCUGCCUGAGGAGGAUGAGUGGACAAUACACACUCCCAAGAAGGGAUGGACAGCCACUUCCUUCACUAUUACCAACUUGAAGGAAAACCAAGACUACAAAAUAAACAUAUGUGCCACUAAUUGUGAGGGAGUUGGAGAGCCCGCUGCCGUUCCUGGAACCCCCAAGGCUGAAGACAGACUGCUUGCUCCAGAGAUUGAACUAGGAGCAGAACUGCGUAAGGUUGUUGCCAUCAGAGCCUGUAGCACACUCAGACUCUUUGUUCCUAUUAAGGGCAGACCUGUGCCUGAAGUGAAAUGGUCGAGGGAGCAUGGAGAAUCCCUGGACAAAGCCAUCAUUGAAAUCACCUCAUCAUUCACCACUCUUCUGGUAGAAAAUGUUGACCGGUUUGAUGCAGGCAAAUACCUGGUAACUGUAGAGAAUGCCUCAGGAAGCAAAACAGCCUAUGUUAAUGUCAGGGUGCUCGACACUCCUGGAGCCGCUCAGAAUCUGAUCGUCAAAGAGAUCACUAGAGAUUCAGUUUCCCUCGUUUGGGAUGCACCACUCAUUGAUGGUGGCUCCAGAGUUCGCAACUACAUUGUGGAGAAGCGCGAGUCAAACAGAAAGGCCUACUCAACAGUCUGUGCUAGCUGUCAUAAGUCUAGUUGGAAAAUAGGAGACCUUGAGGAAGGAAAGAUGUACUUCUUCAGAAUCCUGGCUGAGAACGAAUACGGCGUUGGCCUCCCAGUGGAGACUGUUGAACCACUUAAAGUGUCAGAGAAGCCUCUUCCACCAGGCAAAGUUACCCUUCUUGAAGUUACCAGCUCCAGCGUCUCACUAUCUUGGGAAAAACCUGACCACGACGGUGGCAGCAGAAUCUCAGGCUAUAUUGUUGAGAUGCAGGGUAAAGGCAGUGAGAAGUGGACCCAGGUCAUGGUGGUGAAGACCGCUUCGGCUGUUGUAACUGGCCUCACACAGGGAGAGGAGUAUAUGUUCCGCAUCUCAGCCACUAAUGAAAAGGGAGUAAGUGACCCACGUGCUCUUAGUGUGCCUGUGGUGGCUAAAGACCUAGUUAUCACACCAACCUUCAAAAUGGUUUUCACCACAUACAGUGUGCUAGCAGGAGAUGAUCUGAAGAUAGAUGUACCAUAUGCUGCAUGUCCCAAGGCUACAGCAACUUGGCUCAAAGAUGGCAUUGCUCUUAAGGAGACAACAAGAGUUAAUGCUGAAGCAUCAGACAACAACCUUCACCUGGUUAUCAAGGAGGCUUGCAGAGAUGAUGUGGGCACAUACACUAUCAAACUGAUCAACGCUGUUGGAGACGCAUCCGCAGACAUCAGUGUAGUUGUUCUAGAUAAGCCUGGUCCACCAACCGGCCCAAUUAAGAUGGAUGAAGUCACUGCUGACAGCGUGGUCCUGUCCUGGAAUCAACCAGAGUAUGACGGUGGUUGUGCCAUCAACAAUUACGUUGUUGAGAAGAGAGAUACAUCUACCACAAACUGGCAGAUUGUGUCAGCAACUGUGGCCAGAACCACUAUCAAGGCAGCCCGUCUGAAGACUGGAAUUGAGUAUCAGUUCAGGAUUGCUUCAGAGAACAGAUAUGGCAAGUCCUCAAUCCUGCUCUCUGAGACAAUUGUUGCUCAGUAUCCAUUUGAAUUGCCAAGCCAACCAAGUUCUGUUGAGGUCCAGUCAGCCACCAAGGAGAGCAUGGUGGUUGUAUGGGAAAAACCCAGCACUGAUGGUGGAAGCAAAAUUCUGGGCUACCACUUGGAACUCAAAGAGAGAAACAGUUUAAUGUGGGUGAAACAGAACAAACAAAUAAUCCCAGACACCAGAUAUAAGGCCGUUGGUCUUGAGGAAGGUAUUGAGUAUGAAUUCAGAAUCUAUGCCGAGAACAUUGUUGGCCUCAGCAAAGCCAGCAAACUGAGUGAAAUGCAAGUGGCAAGAGAUCCUUGUGACAGACCAGGAAAACCAGAGGCUGUCAUUGUAACAAGAAGCCAAGUGACACUCAGAUGGACAAAACCUGAGUAUGAUGGUGGCAUCAUGAUCACAGGCUAUGUGGUUGAGAAGAAGGAAGGAUCUGGCCGCUGGAUGAAGGCCAGUUUUGCCAACGUCAUUGAGACACAAUUUGUUGUCACAGGACUUACUGAAGACCAGGUUUAUGACUUCCGUGUCAUCGCCAGGAAUUCAGCAGGUGUCUUCAGCAAGCCCUCUGAUACUACUGGGGAAAUUACUGCCAGGGAUGAGGUUGAUCCACCCAAGAUCGAAUUAGAAUCGAAAUACUCCCAGGCUGUGGUUGUAAAUGCUGGCGAGACAUUCAGUCUUGAGGCUGGCAUCUAUGGCAAGCCUGUGCCCACAGUGACCUGGCUAAAGGAAGGUAAAAAGAUGGCUGAAGCAGCACGCCUAGAGCUCAAGAACACAGACUUUAAAGCUCACAUAACUGUGAAAGAAGCAAUCCGUGUUGAUGGAGGUCAGUACACCUUGCUGGUAAAGAAUGUUGGAGGAGAGAAAUCAGUAAACAUCAAUGUCAAGGUCCUGGACAGACCAGGUCCACCUGAUGGCCCUAUCUCCAUCUAUGGGGUCACCAAUGAGAAAUGCAGCAUUGCCUGGAAAUCUCCCCUCCAAGAUGGAGGAAGCGAUAUCUCCCAUUACAUUGUUGAGAGGAGGGAAACCAGCAGACUGGUUUGGACAGUAGUUGAACAAAAAGUUCAGACACUGAACCUGAAAAUCACAAAACUACUUCCUGGUAACGAGUACAUCUUUAGAGUGAUUCCAGUCAACAAAUAUGGAGUUGGUGAGCCUCUGGAAUCUGAAGCCAUGAUUGCCAAAAAUCCAUUUGUCACUCCCAGUGCGCCAACAGAGGUAGAAGUCUCCACAAUCACCAAAGACUCCAUGGUGGUGACCUGGGACAGACCAACUAGUGAUGGUGGAAACUCUAUCCAGGGAUACGUUGUUGAGAAACGUGACAAGGAUGGUGUGAGAUGGACCAGAUGCAACAAGCGUACAGUUAGUGAGCUCCGCUUUAGAGUCACAGGGUUGCUUGAAAACCACAGCUAUGAAUUCAGAGUUGCUGCUGAAAAUGCUGGAGGUGUUGGCACACCCAGUGAAGCAAUCGUGUAUUACAAAGCAUUGGAUCCGAUCUUCAAAGCAGGCCCACCAAACAACCCCAAGGUGGUGGACACAUCCAGGUCCACUGUCUCCCUGACAUGGGGUAAGCCUAUCUACGAUGGUGGCUGUGAGAUUCAGGCAUACAUUGUUGAGGCCUGCAAUCAAAUAUCCGAUGAGUGGGUUAUGUGCACUCCUCCAACUGGAAUCACAGAAACUAAGUUCACAGUAAAACAGCUUCUGGAGAAGCACGAAUACACAUUCAGAGUGUGUGCUAUCAACAAAGUUGGAGUUGGGGAGCAUGCUGACGUUCCAGGGAAGAUUCUUCUGGAGGAGAAGCUUGAAGCUCCUGAUCUUGACCUUGAUACUGAUAUGAGAAAGAUCAUCAACAUAAGAUCAGCAAGCACUCUCAGGCUGUUCAUUCCUGUGAGAGGUCGUCCAGCUCCUGAGGUGAAAUGGGGCAAGGCUGAGGGCGAGAUUAAGGAGACCGCCAUGAUUGACAAUACAGGCAACUAUGCUUCACUUGUCAUUGAGAAUGUGGACAGAUUUGAUACUGGCAAGUACACACUGACUGCAGAGAAUGCCAGUGGAGUGAAGUCAGUAUUCAUUAGUGUCAGAGUCCUGGACUCACCUGGUCCACCAGCCAACUUCAUGGUGAAAGAGAUUACCAAGAAUUCUGUUACUCUCACAUGGGAGCCUCCAAUUCUGGAUGGUGGUUCAAAGGUUAAGCACUAUCUUGUUGAGAAGCGUGAGAGCACCAGGAAAGUCUAUUCUACCAUCACAACCUGCAACAAGAUGACCUGGAAAGUUGAGCCCCUUCCAGAGGGUGGAAUCUUCUUCUUCAGAGUCGUGGCUGAGAAUGAAUAUGGUGUGGGUCUCCCUGCUAAAACUAUAGAGCCAGUUAAGAUAUCCGAGAAGCCUCAGCCCCCUGGUAAAGUCAGUGUUGUUGAUGUCACUUCUAAAACUGUAACUCUCACCUGGGAGAAGCCUGAACAUGACGGUGGCAGUAGAAUCAGCUACUAUGAAGUCGAAAUGUCAACUAAGGACAGUGAAGCUUGGUCUCUGUGUGCUAGUGGAAAGUCACUGGAGACUGUAGUAACAAACCUUCGCAAGGGAGAGGAGUACAUGUUUAGAGUGAUUGCCGUAAAUGACAAGGGCAAAAGUGAUGCCAGACAACUGGCUCAGACUGUUUUAGCUAAGGACCUUGUGAUUGAGCCUUCUGUUAGACCCACAAUGAGCACCUACAGUGUCCAGGUGGGUUAUGACCUCAAGAUAGAUGUCCCCACUGCUGGUCACCCAAAGCCUACCAUCACUUGGACCAAGGAUGGAGCAGCCCUUAAGCAGACCACCAGAGUCAAUGUCACUGACUCAGCACGGACCACCACUCUCACCAUAAAAGAUGCAACAAGGGAUGAUGGAGGCAUGUACAGCAUCAAUAUUGCCAAUGCCAUGGCUUCCAAGGAUGCCACUAUUGAAGUGACAACCCUGGACAAACCUGGCCCAGCAACAGGCCCUGUCAAAUUGGAGGAUGUCAGUGCUGAGAGUUUAACUCUGACCUGGGAACCUCCUACAUAUACAGGUGGCUGCCCAAUCUCCAACUAUGUGGUUGAGAAGAGAGACACAACCACAACCAACUGGGUUGUUGUUUCUGCAACUGUGGCCAGAACGACUCUAAAAGUGGCCAAUCUGAAGACAGGCAGUGAAUAUCAGUUCCGAAUCUAUGCUGAGAAUAAAUAUGGAAAGAGCUAUGCAAUUGAUUCAGAGCCUGUUUUGGCACAGUAUCCGUUCCAGGAGCCUGGACCACCAGGAACACCAUUUGUGUCUUCGUAUUCUAAAGACUAUAUGGUGGUUGAGUGGCACAAACCUCCAACUGAUGGAGGCAGUGCCAUCUUGGGAUACCAUCUGGAGAGAAAGGAGAAGAACAGCAUUCUUUGGACCAAGAUCAACAAAAUGCUAAUCCAAGACUGCAGGUACAAAUCUACUCCUCUUGAAGAAGGCAUUGAGUAUGAGUACAGAGUCUAUGCUGAGAAUAUUGUUGGCAUUGGAAAAUGCAGCAAAGUCUCUGAGGUGUAUGUGGCUCGUGACCCAUGUUAUCCUCCUGGCCGCCCUGAGGCUGUGAUUGUGACCAGGCACUCAGUGAAGCUGAGGUGGACAGCUCCAGAGUAUGAUGGCGGAAGCAUAAUUACUGGCUACGUAGUGGAGAAGCGUGACCUUCCCGAAGGAAAGUGGAUGAAGGCCAGCUUUGCAAAUGUCCUUGACCACGAAUUUACAGUAAGUGGCCUGACAGAAGACAACAAAUAUGAUUUCAAAAUAAUUGCAAGGAAUGGAGCUGGUGCUAUCAGCAAGCCCUCUGAAAGCACGGGAUCCAUCACAGCCAAGGAUGAAGUCGACCCACCCAAGUAUGAGACCGAUUCUAUGUACAACCAGACAAUUGUUAUCAAUGCUGGAGAGAAUUUCAAUCUCGAGGCAAGUGUUGGAGGAAAGCCCAUCCCCACAGCUCAGUGGUUCAAGGGAUCUGUUGAAGUUGAAAACUCAUCAAGAGCUGAGAUCAAAAACACAGACUUUAAGGCUUUGCUUGCUGUGAAGGAUGCCAUUAGAGUGGAUGGUGGACAGUACACACUUGUUCUGACUAAUGUGGCUGGAUCAAAGACUGUCCCAUUCAGUGUGAAGGUCCUGGACAGACCCGGCCCACCAGAGGGACCUCUUACUGUCAGCAAUGCCACAGAGGAGAAGUGCUCACUGUCAUGGCUGCCACCCAGGCAUGAUGGAGGAGCUGGCAUUUCUACCUAUGUCAUUCAGAAGAGAGAAACCAGCCGCCUGGCAUGGACUGUUGUUUCCAGUGACUGUGGAGCUACCAUGUUCAAGGUUACCAAACUGUUGAAGGGCAAUGAGUACAUCUUCAGAGUCAUGGCUGUCAAUAAAUAUGGCUUGGGUGAGCCUCUUGAAUCAGUGCCAGUUAUCAUGAGAAAUCCGUUCGUUACCCCUAGCUCACCUCAGGAGCUUGAGAUCACUAACAUUACCAGGGACUCCAUGACCGUCUGCUGGAACCGCCCCGAGAGCAAUGGAGGCAGUGAGAUUGUUGGUUACAUUGUUGAGAAAAGAGACAGAGCUGGAGUGAGAUGGACCAAGUGCAACAAACGCAGAGUGACAGACCUGCGUUUCAGAGUAACUGGUCUGACUGAAGACCAUGAAUAUGAGUUCAUGGUAUCUGCUGAGAACGCAGCUGGAGUGGGUAAGCCUAGCCCACCUUUACCCUACACCAAAGCCUGUGACCCAAGCUUUGAACCGGGCUGUCCUUCCAACGCCCAUGUGGUCAGCACUACUAAGGACACCAUCAGUCUGGCCUGGCACCGUCCUAUCUAUGAUGGUGGUUGUGAGAUUCAAGGAUACGCUGUGGAAAUAACCAAGGCUGAGGAGGAGGAAUGGAGCUUAUGCACCCCACCCUCUGGAGUUAAGGAUCCCAAGUUGACCAUCACCAAGUUGAUUGAGCACCAGGAGUACAAGCUGCGCAUAUGUGCUAUCAAUAAGCUUGGUGUUGGUGAGCCCACAGAGAUUGAGGGAGUCGUUAAACCUUUAGAUAACAUUGAUCCUCCAGAGGUGAUUCUGGAUGCAGUGCUCAGGAAGGGAAUAGUUGUCCGUGCAGGAGGCUCAAUGAGAAUCUGCAUACCAUUCAAGGGCCGUCCUACUCCGGAGAUCAGCUGGGCCAAGGAUGGCGGAGAACUGACCUCUAAAGCUCAGAUAGACUCUGGUGAAGAACAAACACAGCUAACCAUUGACAUCUGUGACAGAUAUGAUGCUGGAAAAUACAUCCUCAACUUGGAAAAUAGUGCUGGCACCAAAUCUGCCUUUGUUGCUGUCAAAGUUCUGGACACUCCAGGUGCCCCAGUGAAUCUGACAGUAAAAGACAUUAAGAGGGAAAGUGUCGCCCUCACAUGGGAGCCUCCUCUUAUUGAUGGCGGUGCAAGAAUCAAGAAUUACCUGGUUGAGAAGCGUGAGUCCAACAGGAUUGUUUACUCUAACGUGGAGAACAAGUGCACAAAAACAAGCUAUCGUAUCACAGGUCUUACUGAGGGAACUGUCUACUAUUUCAGAAUCUUAGCAGAGAACGAGUUUGGCGUGGGAGAGGCAGUUGAGACCGAACAUGCAGUUAAGACCUCAGAGCCUCCACUAUCAGUGGGUAAGGUCACUUUGACUGAAGUGACCAAAACCUCUGCCUCUUUCUCCUGGGAGAAGCCAGUCCAUGAUGGAGGCAGCAGAAUUAAUGGCUACUACAUUGAAAUGCAGCCUGUGGGUUCAGAGGAAUGGGUAGUAGCCGCCACAACCAAAACUUGCGAGGGCACUGUCCUAGGUCUUAGUUCAGGCCACGAGUACCUGUUUAGAGUGACAGCUUUCAAUGAGAAGGGCAAGAGUGACCCCAGGCCUCUCGCUGCCCCCGUCACAGCCAAAGAUGUAACUGUCCUGCCCGGGUUCACGAUGUCAGCCAACACAUUCAGUUUACAGACUGGUGAGGAUCUGAAGAUUGAGAUUCCAGUGAUUGGACGCCCUGCCCCGAAGGUCGAAUGGAGUAAGGGUGGGCAGGCUCUUAAGGAGACAACCAGAUUAAAUGUAACCAGCACAUCCACAUCUACCAAGCUGUGCAUCAAGGAGGCAAAUAGGGAGGACUCUGGUAAAUACACAAUCACAGCAACCAGCAGUCUCGGAACAGCUACGGAGGAGAUGACUGUCGUUAUUCUUGAAAAGCCUGGCCCACCCACAGGCCCUGUAAAGGUUGAGGAGGUGAGCUCUAACUAUGUGCUUAUCUCCUGGGAGCCACCAGUGUAUACUGGAGGCUGUCAGAUCAACAACUAUAUUGUGGAGAAGAAAGACACCACAACAACAGCAUGGCAGAUCGUGUCUGCUACUAUUGCCAGGUCCACCAUCAAAGUCACCAAUUUGAAGACUGGAAUUGAGUAUCAAUUCAGAGUGUCUGCUGAGAAUAGAUAUGGAAAGAGUUCUGCCAUUUUCUCUCCCAACGUUAUUGCUCAGUAUCCAUUCAGUGAGCCUGCUGCCCCAGGAACACCAAUUAUUUCUGCUGCAACCAAGGAUAACAUGGUUGUUGAGUGGAAGGCCCCCACCAACAACGGAGGCAGCCCCAUCCUAGGCUAUCACCUUGAGAGAAAGGAAAAGAACAGCCUUUUGUGGACAAAACUCAACAAGCUUCUUAUCCCAGACACACGCUUCAAGACUACAGAGCUGGAAGAAGGCAUUGAGUAUGAAUUCAAAGUCUUUGCUGAGAACAUUGCUGGAGUCAGCCCAGCUAGCAAGGUCUCUGAGUGCACAGUAGCCAGGGAUCCUUGUGACCCACCAGGCACUCCUGCGGCCAUUGAUAUAACCAGAAAUCAUGUGGCACUUCAGUGGACCAGGCCUCAGUAUGAUGGAGGCAGUGCAAUCACUGGCUAUUUCAUUGAGAGGAGGAAGCACCCAGAUACCCGCUGGAUGAAGGCCAGCUUCACCAACAUCAUUGAUACCAAUUACAUUAUCACUGGCCUCACUGAGGACUGUGUUUACGAGUUCAGAGUCGUUGCAAGGAACGCUGCUGGCAUUUAUAGCAGUCCUUCUGAGAGCACAGGAGAAAUUACAGCUAAAGAUGAAAUUGAGGCACCAGAGGCCAUCUUGGAUUCUAAAUUCAAGGAUCUGACUGUUGUUAGUGCUGGAGAAACAUUUAUUAUCGAUGCUGACUACACUGGCAAGCCUCUGCCGGAAGUCUCUUGGUUAAAGGAAGGAAAGGAGAUUGACCAAACCACCCCAAGAAUGGAGGUCAAGACCACACUCACCCGUACCAUCCUCACAGUCAAGGAAUGCAUCAGAGUGGACGGUGGGCACUUUGUCCUCAAACUUGUCAAUGUGGGUGGAAUCAAGAUGAUCCCAGUUAAUGUUAAAGUUCUGGAUAGACCUGGUCCUCCAGAUGGCCCGCUAGAAGUCAAAGGGGUCACAUCUGAGAAAUGUUAUCUGCACUGGAGCCAUCCCUCACAUGAUGGUGGAGCCAGCAUCUCUCACUACAUCAUUGAGAAGAGAGAGACCAGUCGCUUGUCAUGGACCAUGGUUGAGCCCAUGAUCCAGGCUAUCAGCUACAAAGUCACAAAACUGCUGCCUGGCAAUGAAUACAUCUUCAGAGUCACUGCUGUGAAUAAAUAUGGUAUUGGGGAUCCUUUGGAAUCUGCGCCUGUCAUUGCUCGUAACCCCUUCACCACUCCCAGCGCCCCGUCCACCCCAGAACCAAGCGUUAUCGCUCGGGACUCCAUCGUGCUAACAUGGGAGAGACCAGAGAAUAACGGAGGAUCUGAGAUUGAUGGUUAUGUGCUUGAAAAACGUGAUAAGGAUGGCAUCAGGUGGACCAAGUGCAACAAAAAGAGGCUGACUGACCUGAGAUUUAGAUGCAGUGGCCUCGUAGAAGGACACUCUUAUGAGUUCAGGGUCUCAGCUGAAAAUGCUGCUGGUGUUGGAAAGCCUAGUGCACCAUCUGAAUACAUCAAAGCGUGUGAUGCCAUUUAUCCACCGGGAUGUCCAAAUAACCCCAAAGUCACAGAUCAUUCGAGCACCACAGUCUCUUUGUCCUGGUCCAGGCCUAUCUAUGAUGGUGGAGCACAAAUCAGCGGAUAUGUUGUGGAAAUGAAGGAGGCAGCAGAUGAUGAAUGGGUCACUUCUACACCACACAGUGGUGUUCAUGCCACCAACUUCACCGUAAAGCACCUUAAGGAGAAUGCAGAGUACAACUUCCGCAUCUGUGCUGUCAACUGUGAGGGAGUAGGAGAGCACGUGGACCUACCAGGUUCUGUGAUUGCUGCAGAGAAGCUGGAGGCUCCUGAGAUUGAACUUGAUGCUGAUCUGAGGAAGAUGGUCAAUGUUCGGGCCACCGCCAACUUGCGCCUGUUUGUGCCAAUCAGAGGAAAACCUGAGCCUGAAGUCAAAUGGUCAAAGGCUGAUGGAGUUUUGAAUGAGCGUGCCCAGAUUGAUGUCACAAGCUCUUACACAAUGCUGGUGAUUGAAAAUGUCGAUAGAUUUGAUACCGGCAAAUAUGUACUGACCCUUGAGAAUCUCAGUGGCUCUAAAUCAGCCUUCAUCAAUGUCAGAGUCCUCGACUCUCCCAGUGCUCCUACCAACCUGGGGGUUAAGGAUGUCAAGAGAAAUUCAGUCUCCAUCUCCUGGGAACCUCCUCUUAUUGAUGGUGGGGCUAAGAUAUCACAUUACAUUGUGGAGAAGAGAGAGCAGAAGAGAAUGGCUUUCACCAGUAUUUGCACCAACUGUGUGAGGAACUCGUACCUUAUUCCUGACCUUCAGGAGGGAGGUCGAUACUAUUUCCGAGUUUUGGCUGUGAAUGAGCUGGGAGUAGGUUUGCCUGCAUCCACAGAUCAAGUCAAGGUUGCUGAGGCUCCUUUGCCCCCUGGCAAGAUUGUCCUGGUUGACGUAACCCGUCAUACCGUCACUCUUUCAUGGGAGAAACCUGAUCAUGAUGGAGGCAGCAAGAUAACAAGCUUUAUGGUGGAGAUGCAGCCCAAGGGAGAUGACAAAUGGACUGUGUGCAGUGAAGCCAAAGCACUGGAAGCUACUAUUGGAGGUCUCACAACUGGAGAGGAAUACACCUUCAGGGUUACUGCUGUGAAUGAUAAGGGAAAGAGUGAUGCCAAGCCCCUGGCCAACCCGGUCUUGCUGAAGGACAUCACCACAAAGCCCUUCAUUAGCCAGUUGUACGACACAUACAGUGUAAGAGCAGGUGACGACCUGAAGAUUGAUGUUCCAUUCAGAGGCAGACCUCAGCCUGAGGUGUCCUGGAAGAAGGACGGCCAUGUGCUUAAGCAGACAACCAGGGUAAAUGUUCUUAAUUCCAAGACCUCAUCCAAGAUUACCAUCAAGGAUGCAACCAAGGAGGAUGUAGGAAAGUAUGAGAUCACUCUGACAAACUCAGUUGGCUCAAAGACAGCUGAAACCUCUGUUGUCAUCCUGGACAAACCUGGCCCACCCAGCAACAUUAAAUUUGAUGAGGUGAGUGCUGACUUCAUCAAUCUGUCUUGGGAUGCUCCAAUCUAUGACGGAGGAUGCCAAAUUAACAACUAUGUAGUGGAGAAGAAAGACACUACCACCAUUGCAUGGCAGAUUGUCUCAGCCACAGUAGCCAGGACUUCAAUCAAGGUCAAUCGUCUCAGUCAGGGAACAGAGUAUCAGUUCCGUGUUGCAGCUGAGAACCGUUACGGCAAGAGUUCAGCAAUUGACUCUGCUCCCGUUGUUGCUCAGUAUCCCUUCGAGCCUCCUGGCACUCCUACCAACGUCCGUGUUUCCCAUGCCACCAAGUAUGGCAUGCUUGUGGAAUGGGGCAAACCUGCCAGUGAUGGUGGCAGCCCUGUAACUGGUUAUCACAUUGAAUGCAAAGACCAAAGCAGCAUCCUGUGGACCAAGGUCAACAGAGGUCUGCUGGCUGAGAACCAGUUCAAGAUGACAGGCAUUGAAGAAGGCCUGUUUUAUCAGUUCAGAGUCUAUGCUGAGAACAUUGCUGGAAUUGGUCCAUGUACUAAAGCCUGUGAACCUGUAGCAGCCAGGGAUCCAUGUGAAUCUCCUCAUAACCUUCGAGUCACCAACAUUACCAGGACCUCUGUUUCCCUCUUCUGGGAGAAGCCUGAGUAUGAUGGUGGAGUGAAGAUAACUGGUUACAUUGUUGAGCUUAGAGAACUUCCCAAUGGCCGCUGGCUUAAAUGCAACUUCGCCAACCUGCAAGACACCUACUUCGAUGUCACAGGCCUCACAGAAGAUGUCCAAUAUGACUUCCAUGUCAUCGCUAAGAAUUCUGCAGAGCUGUUGAGUGAUCCCUCAGAGAGCACUGGUCCUGUCACAGUCAAGGAUGAUGUAGACCCUCCCACUAUUAUCCUGGAAGAAAAGCUCAGACAGCUGGUUGUCAUUAAGGCUGGAGAUAUCAUUCGAAUUGAUGCUGAAAUCUCAGGCCGUCCACUCCCUGUUGUCACCUGGUAUAAGGAUGGAAAGGAGAUUGAGGCCAAGGCCAGAUGUGAAAUCACUUCCACCAACUUCACAACCACACUGAUAGUCAGAGAUGCUAUCAGGAGGGACUCCGGCCAGUAUGUCUUGUCUCUGCACAAUGUGGCAGGAACCAGGGCAAUGGCUAUCAACUGUAAGGUUCUGGACAGACCUGGACCUGCUUCAGGACCAAUGUCAGUGUCUGGCCUCACAGCAGAGAAAUGCACCAUAAUGUGGGGUCCUCCUCAGGAGAACGGUGGGGCUGAAGUCAUGCACUACAUCGUUGAGAAACGCGAGACCAGUCGCCUUGCCUGGACACUCGUCUAUGCUGACAUGAAGGCAACAACUUGUAAAGUGACCAAGCUGCUCAAAGGAAAUGAGUACAUCUUCAGAGUUAGGGGAGUCAACAAAUAUGGGGAUGGUGAGCCCAUGGAGAGUGAGCCAACAAAGGCCAUUGAUCCAUUCACUGUUUCUGCAGCUCCCACUAAUGUUCAAGUCACCUCAGUUACCAGUGAGGCAAUGACCAUCUGUUGGGAAAGGCCAACCUCUGAUGGUGGCAGUUCUAUCUCUGGCUAUGUCAUUGAAAAGAGAGAGAAGACUGGCCUUCGCUGGUGCCGUGUCAACAAGAAACCUGUUUAUGACCUUAGAGUCAAGGCCGGAAACCUUCGUAAUGGCUGUGAGUAUGAGUACAGAGUGUUUGCAGAGAACUCCGCAGGCCUCAGUGCUUCCAGCACCACUUGCCCACUGGCCAAAGCUGAAGAUCCACAGUUCCUGCCCUCUCCUCCUGCCAAGCCUAAGAUCAUCGACUCUUCAAAGACAACAGUCACCCUGUCUUGGAAUAAGCCACUGUUUGAUGGUGGAGCACCUGUGACAGGUUACAAAAUCAAAUACAGGAAGUCUUCUGAUGAUGAAUGGAUGGUUGGAGUCCAUAAUACCAAGAACACAGAGUUCUCAGUGGGGGGAUUGACACCUGGAACUGAAUAUGUGUUUGUUGUCAAAUCCAUCAACAAGAUUGGAGCCAGUGAGAACAGUGCUGAGACAGACCCACAGGUGGCCAAAGAAAGAGAGGACGAGCCAGUCUUUGAAAUCAGCAAUGAGAUGAGGAAGACCCUUAUUGUUAAGGAUGGUAGCUCAUUCACCAUGAAAGUGCCUUUCAGAGGCAAACCCAUCCCAAGUGUUUCAUGGUCUAAGGCUGAUGUUGACCUUAGAGUUCGUGCUGUCAUUGACACCACAGACACCUUCACCUCCAUCACCUUAGAGAAAGCAACUCGCUACGACUCUGGCAAAUACGUCAUCACCUUGUCAAGCGUAUCUGGAACUGCCUCGUUGACCCUCAAUGUCAGAGUCUUAGAUUCCCCAGGACCUCCUUGCCAUUUGGAGGUCAAGGAUGUGACCAGAACCUCUGCUUCUGUCACCUGGGACACUCCUGAGAAUGAGGGAGGAGGACCAGUCAAGAACUACCUUGUUGAUUUCCGUGAGGCCAGCAAGAAGGGCUGGACCAAGUUGACUGACACAUGCCACAGACUUACAUACAAGGUGUCGGACAUGCAGGAGGGAGGAGUAUUCUACUUCAGAGUGACAGGCGAGAACGAGUAUGGUGUUGGUGUCUCUGCUGAAACCAAGGAAGGAACAAAGAUCACAGAAAAACCAACCCCACCAGCAAAGCUAGGUGCAACUGAUGUGACCAAGGAGAGUGUGGCCCUGGCUUGGGCCAAACCAGAUCACGACGGAGGAAGCAGAAUCACUGGGUACCUGGUGGAGGCUCUGGAGAAAGGCCAGGAGAAGUGGGUGAAGUGUGGUGUGACCAAGUUCAUCCACUUCACAGUGUUUGGUCUGAGGGAGAAUGCUGAGUACUUCUUCAGAGUCAGAGCAGAGAACCACGCUGGCUUCAGUGAUUUCAAGGAAAUGCUCACCCCAGUGGUGCUCAAGGACCAGCUCGAAUCUCCUGAGAUGAACAUGAAUGACUUCCCACACAACACAGUGUAUGUAAGAGCCGGCUCCAACCUCAAGUGUGAGAUCCCACUGACAGGCCGGCCUUUGCCUAAAGUCUCCCUGUCCAAGGAUAACGUGUUACUCAAAUCAACCAUGAGGUUCAACUCUGAAGUCACCCCUGACAGCAUCAAGAUCACUUUGCGCGAGAGCAUUGCUGGAGACUCAGGACGCUACGAUAUCAUUGCCUCCAACUCCAAUGGAACCACCACAUCAUUCUUAAAUAUUGUUGUUCUGGACCGCCCCAGUGCUCCCAUUGGACCUGUGCAGAUGUUUGACAUCACAGAGGACAGCGUGAGCCUGGAGUGGCUCCCACCAGCAUAUGAAGGUGGCAGCCCUAUCACCAACUACAUCAUCCUGAAGAAAGAGGUAACCUCAGCCAACUGGGUGGAAGUCUCUUCUGCUGUGGCUCGCUGCACCAUGAAGAUCAUGAAGCUGACCACUGGUCUAGCGUACCAGUUCAGGGUCAGAGCUGAAAACAAAUAUGGCACCAGUGAGCACAUUGACUCAGAAACUGUUGCUGUCAACCUUCCUUACACUAUACCUGAAGCUCCAUCGACUCCAGAGAUCACUGCUGUUACCAAGGAGACCGUCACUGUCGCCUGGAACGAGCCUAAGUCAGACGGUGGCAGCCAUGUGUUUGGCUACCAUCUCCAGAUGAAAGACAGGAACAGCAUUCUCUGGCAGAAAGUCAACAAAAUGGUGAUCCGUGCUGCACACUACAAGGUCACCGACAUCAGUGCUGGACUCAUUUAUGAGUUCAAGGUAGCAGCAGAGAACGCUGCUGGAAACAGCCCCUUCAGCAAGGUUUCUGAUGCAGUGCUGGCCAUUGAUGCCUGUGAGCCACCCAUCAACCUUCGCAUUAGUGACAUCACCAAGCACUCCAUUAGCCUGGCCUGGCAGAAGCCCAACUACGAUGGCGGAUCCUCCAUUAAUGGAUACAUCAUUGAGAAGAAAGAAGGCGUUAAUGCCAGGUGGUCCAAGGCUAACCUCACCAAUGUCACAGACACCCGCUACACUGUGACUGGCCUCACCCAGGACGAGACGUACGAGUUCAGAGUCAUGGCCAAGAAUGCCGUCGGUUCAGUGAGCAACCCAUCCAUGGUGGUUGGACCAGCCACAUGCGUGGAUACCUAUGGUGCCCCAGAGAUUGAAACACCUCAAGAGUACUUCAGUGAGGUCAAGUACAGGGCUGAGUCCAAUGUGGAGCUCAAGUUUAACAUCAUAGCCAAACCUGCUCCCACUAUUGAGUGGUUUAAGGAUGGCAGGGAGCUUGCACCGACCAGCCAGCUCACCUUCAAACACACAUUUGAGUCCACCAGUCUGUUCCUGAAUGACACCACUCGUCUGAACUCUGGAACCUAUGAGGUCCGGGUAAAGAACUCCAUGGGAUCUGCCUUCGCCAAUGUUAGGCUGCUCAUUCAAGACAAGCCAGGCCCCCCUGAUGGCGAGAUUGAGUUUAAGAAGGUGACAGCCAACACUGCCACCAUCAUGUGGUCUCCUCCUUCCGAUGAGGGCGGUGCCAUGGUGUCACAUUAUAUUGUGGAGAAGAGGGAGACCAGCCGGAUCAUGUGGUCCAUUGUCUCAGAAAAACUGGUCGACUGCAUUGUUAACGUGCCCAGACUCAUCGAAGGAAAUGAGUACAUCUUCCGAGUCCGUGGAGUCAACAAGUACGGCAUCGGAGACGCACUGGAGUCCGAACCUGUCGUUGCAAAGAACGCAUUUGUUCCUCCUAGCGAGCCAUCCAAGCCUAAAGUGACCAUUAUCACCAAGUCCACCAUGACCGUGAUCUGGGAAAGACCAGCAGCCGAUGGAGGCAGCGACAUUGACGGAUACUAUUUGGAAAAGAGGGAGAAGAAGAGUCUGCAGUGGUUCAAGGUGGUGAAGGACACCAUCAGAGACACCAGGCAGAAAGUCACCAACCUGACGGAGAACAACGAGUACCAGUACAGAGUUUGUGCUAUCAACAAGGCCGGAGCAGGAAACUACUCUGAUGGCUCUGACCUCUACAAGGCCUACGACCCAAUCGAUCUUCCUGGUGAGCCGUCCAAGCUGCGUGUGGUGGACUCCACAAAGACCUCCAUCACCCUCGGCUGGGAGAAGCCCGUCUAUGAUGGCGGAAGUGAAAUCACACACUACCUUUUGGAGAUGUUGAAUUCAGAGGAGAAAGAAUGGGCCAUCGUCAACCCGAAGGUCAAGGCCUGCGAGUACGUGGUGUCUCACCUCAAACCUGGAGCAUACUACUUCUUCAGAGUCUCUGCUGUCAACUGCAAGGGCAAAGGAGAAGACAUCAAAAUGUACCAGCCCCUUCAAGCCAAGGAUAUCUUGGAGGAGGCCGAUUUGGACUUGGACGUUCCCAUGACCACCCAGUACACAGCCAGGGCCGGCCGUGACGUGGAGGUGUUUAUCCCCUUGAAGGGACGCCCCGCCCCCAACGUGACAUGGCGACGUGGCGACCGCAAUAUUGCUGCUGACAACCGCUACACCAUCACCAGCACUGAGCGCGCCACCACGCUCCUGAUCCCUAAGGUCAGCCGCGACGACCGUGGCAAGUACCUGCUGGAGAUUGAGAACGGCGUGGGAGAGCCCAAGAUCAUCAUUGUGUCCCUGAAGGUUCUGGACAGUCCAGCCAUCUGUCAGAAACUCAUGAUCAAGAAUGUGACAAGAGGACAUCUGAGCCUCAGCUGGGAGGCUCCUCUCAUCGAAGGCGGCUCCCCUGUCACACAUUACAUCGUUGAGAAGAAGGCGUCCACCAUGAAGGCUUACCAGGUGAUCAAUGCCGAGUGUACCAACACAACUUACAAGGUGACGGGCCUGGAGGAGGAUAUAGCUUACUUCUUCCGUGUGUCUGCUGAAAAUGAGUACGGUGUUGGCGAGACAUGCGAAACUACUGAACCUGUAAGAGCCACGGAAACUCCUGGAGCUGUUAAAAACCUGGUGAUGGCGGAUUCUACAAAGACCUCUGUUACCCUGCAGUGGACCAGACCUGACCACGAUGGGGGCAGCCACAUCACUGAAUACAUUGUUGAGAAGAGAUCCGUGGAAGAUCCUACCUGGACUCUGGGAGCAACAUGCAAGCGCCUGAGCUGUGAAGUGACGGGACUCAAGGAGAAGGCUGAAAUGGACUUCAGAGUGCUCGCCAAGAACGAGAAGGGCAACAGUGACUUCUCCCUGAUUGGUCCAAUCACAGUGAAGGACUUCAUCAUUCUGCCUGAAGCAAACCUUGUUGACUACCCUAACGGAGAGCUUGCUGUCCGUGUUGGUCAGAACAUCCACAUCGAGUUGCCCUUCAAGGGAAAACCAUUGCCUUCAAUCAGCUGGCUGAAAGAUAACCAGCCACUGAAGGAAAGUGACAAGAUUCGCUUCAGGACUACUGACAACAAGACGGCGGUCACAGUCAGAGGAGUCAAGAAGGAGAAUGCCGGCCAGUACACUUUGUGUCUGGACAACAGAACCGUCAAGAACUACUUUGACAUCAAUGUGAUCACUCUUGGACCCCCCUCAGUGCCUGUUGGUCCCAUCCGCUUCGAUGAGAUCAAAGCACAGAGUAUCAUCAUUUCAUGGGAUGAGCCGAAUGAGAACGGCGGCGGUGAGAUCACCUGCUACAGCGUGGAGAAACGUGAAACCGCCCAGGCCAACUGGAAGAUGGUCUGCUCCAGUGUUGUCAGGCCCACUUUCAAAAUCCCUAACCUGGUCAAGGGAACUCAGUACCAGUUCAGAGUCCGUGCAGAAAACAAGUAUGGGAUCAGUGUUUCUCUUGCAUCCCCAGAAGUUGUUGCCCAGCACCAGUACAAACCUCCAGGACCCCCACCGAAACCAGUGGCCUUCAAUGUCACCUGUGAUGGUAUAACCAUCAGGUGGGACGCCCCAGAAUUUGACGGAGGAUCCCCCAUUUUGGGAUAUCAUGUUGAAAAGAAGGACAGGAACAGCCUCUUGUGGCAGAAGGUGAACUCCACCAUCAUCUCCAACAAAGAGUACAGGAUCAUUGGUCUCAUUGAGGGUCUGGAGUACUCCUUCAGAGUCUAUGCUGAGAACAACGCUGGACUCAGCCCUGUUAGUGAACAGAGCAAACAUGCCCUGGCUAUCGCCCCUGUUGAUCCACCUGGAAAACCUGUCUGCAUUGAUGUCACCAGAGACUCAGUCACCCUUAAGUGGGCCGUCCCUGAGAGGGAUGGUGGCAGCAAAAUUGUGGGCUACAGUGUGGAGAGGCGCCAAGGCAGAGGCAAAUGGCUGCGAUGCAACUUCACUGAUGUCUGCGAGACCCAGCUCACUGUGACUAGUCUCUCCUCUGGAGACAGAUUCGAGUUCAGAGUCAUUGCCAGGAAUGCUGUGGCCACAGUCAGUCCACCAUCUAACUCCUCUGGAUAUAUUAUGACAAAGGAUGAGAGCAUUUCUCCAGACGUUGAGUGGUCUGCAGACCAGGCGCUCACCCUGAAGGCUGGUGAGAACGUGAAGCUCAGCUGCAGCAUCAUUGGACGUCCCGUGCCCCAGGUCAUCUGGUAUAAGGAUGGCAAAGAGAUUGACAGGAGGACCAUGUAUGACAUCGAGAUUACCUCCGACAUUGGCACCAGCAGUCUUUUUAUACGCGAUGCUAACAGGAACCACCGUGGCAUCUACACAAUAGAGGCGAAAAACAGCUCCGGUACCAAGAGAGCUGAUGCCAACGUCCGAGUACAAGAUACACCCGGACCUGUUGAGGGUCCCAUCCGUUUCACCGGCAUCACGGCUGAGAAGUGCACCGUGUGGUGGAACCCGCCGGAGAACGACGGCUGUGCUGCCAUCACCCACUAUGUGGUGGAGAAGAGGGAGACGUCCAGGAUCUCCUGGGCCAUGAUCACCUCCAAAUGUGAAGCCUGUUCUUACAAUGCUGCAAACCUCAUCAAGGGCAACGAAUACCAGUUCAGGAUCUCUGCUGUCAACAAGUCUGGUGUCGGCAAACCUCUGGACUCUGAUCCCUUCAUUGCACAGAUGCAAUACACUGUGCCGGAUGCCCCUGGUACCCCAGAUGCCACCCAUGUGACUGGAAACAGCAUCACCAUGUGCUGGACCAGACCAAGGUCAGAUGGAGGCAACGAGAUUAAGCAGUACAUCCUGGAGAGGAGAGAGAAAAAGAGCUUACGCUGGCUGAAGGUUUCCUCCAAGAGAACCAUCACAGAGCUGAGACACCGUGUCACCAACCUCACAGAGGGCAACGAGUAUGAAUUCCGUGUCAUGGCAGAAAAUGGAGCUGGCAUCGGACCGGCCAGCAGUACUUCCAGGCUCAUCAAGUGCAGAGAACCAACAAGCGCUCCUAGCACACCCACAUUGAUCAAGGUCGCUGACUCCACCAAGAACUCUGUCACCCUGGAAUGGACCAAGCCUGUCUUUGAUGGCGGCUUGGAAAUCAUCGGCUACAACGUCGACAUGUGCAAGGCCAGUCUGGAGGAGUGGCACAGAGUCAACAGCCAGAUAUGCAUCCACACCAGUUACACUGCCAAGGGCCUGGUGCCUGGAGAGCUCUACAGGUUCAGGGUCAGCGCUCUGAACGGGGCCGGAGAGGGCGAAUCCUCAGGGUUGCCGAAUGCUGUUCAGGCUCUGGACAGACUCAGAUCUCCUGAGAUUGAACUGGAUGCCAGCUUCAAGCAGACCCACAUUGUGAAGAAUGGCAGCACUGUCACCCUCCAUGUUCCCUUCAGAGGGAAACCAGCGCCUCUUGCCACCUGGUCUAGGGUAGAUGGGGAGCUGCCUGUCAUGGCUGAUGUUAACACCACAGAAUGCAGCUCCACUCUGACCAUUGAGAGCUGCACGAGGUACGAAGCCGGCAAAUACACCCUGUCCCUGGAGAACAACAGCGGUCGCAAGUCCAUCACCUUCACUGUCAAAGUGCAGGACACACCCGGACCUCCGGCAGCUAUUACCUUCAAAGACGUAACACGCGGAGCCUUAACGGUUAUGUGGGACGCCCCCACCAAUGAUGGCGGAGCCCGGGUCCACCACUACAUCGUGGACAAGCGGGAGGCCAGCCGCCUGGCGUGGCAGGAGGUCAGCAGCAAGUCCUCUCGCCAGAUGAUCAGGGUCACAGGUCUGGAUGUCGGUAUACCAUACGUGUUCAGGGUGAUUGCUGUGAACCAGUACGGCCAGGGAGAACCUUUCGAGAUGACAGAGCCCGUCAUGGCCACAGAGGAACCUGCACCACCCAGGAGACUGGAUGUUGUAGACACCACCAACUCCACAGCCUCCCUGGUGUGGCUGAAGCCCGAGCACGAUGGAGGCAGCCGCAUCAGAGGCUACAUUGUUGAAUUCAAAGCUAAAGGCACCGACCACUGGAAUGUUGGCGGAGAGACCAGAUCUAUGAAGAUGCUGUUGGAGGGCCUGAUUGAGAAUACAGAGUACGACUUCAGAGUGAGUGCCAAGAACGAUGCUGGAACCAGCGAGCCUCAGGGCACCUUCAGCUCCGUGGUCAUCAAGGAGCCUCGCAUCGAGCCGACAGCCGACCUCAGCAGCAUCACCAACCAGCUCAUCACCUGCAAGAUCUCCAACAACUUCACAAUCAGCAUCCCCAUCAGCGGCAGGCCUGCACCCAAGGUCACCUGGAAACUGGAGGAGAUGAAGCUGAAGGAGUCUGACAGAGUCUGCAUCACCACCACAAAGGAGAUCACUACUCUGACGGUUAGAGACAGCAAGAGAAGCGACAGCGGCAAGUACUACCUGUUCCUGGAGAAUGUUGCCGGUGUGAAGACGUUCACAGUGACCGUGGUUGUCGUGGGCAGGCCGACUCCACCCACAGGCCCUGUGGUGAUUUCUGAGGUCUCUUCAGAGUCCUGCAGCCUGUCCUGGUCCGAGCCAGCCGACGAUGGCGGCACGGAAAUCGGCAACUACAUCGUGGAGAAACGGGAGUCCGGCUCCGCCUCCUGGCAAGUCGUAAACUCCAGUGUGAAGAGAACCACCAUCAAAGUGACCAACCUCACCAAGUACAUGGAGUACACCUUCAGGGUGUGCGCCGAGAACAAGUUUGGAGUCAGCAAGUCCACCGAGUCUGCUGCAGUGGUCAUUGAGCAUCCAUUUGUUCCUCCAAGUCCUCCAACUCGUCCAGACGUGGUUUCCGUGUCCGCGAACGCCAUCGGCAUCAAAUGGGACUUGCCCUAUGACGACGGCGGCAGCAAGGUGACGGGCUACUGGAUCGAGAAGAAGGAGAGGAACACCAUCCUGUGGGUGAGGGAGAACAAGCUGCCCUGCCUGGAGUGCCACUACAAGGUGUCCAACCUGAUCGAGGGCCUGGAGUACCAGUUCAGGGUGUACGCCAUGAACAUCUCCGGAUUCAGCAAGGCCGGCGAGGCUUCCCGACCCAUGGUGGCCCUCAAUCCUGUUGAUCCUCCCGGUAAACCCGAGGUGACGGACAUCACUCGCAACUCAGUGUCGCUGUGCUGGACCAUCCCGUCCAACGACGGCGGCAGCAAGAUCGUGGGCUACGUGGUGGAGAGGAAAGUCCACAGCACGGACGAGUGGGAUGACAACCGCUGGCUCAAGUGCAACUACACCACCAUCAGCGAGAACUACUUCACCGUCACCAACCUGGGAGAGGGAGAGACCUUCGAGUACCGGGUCAUCGCCAAGAAUGCCGCCGGCGUCCACAGCGCAGCCUCCGAGAUCACCGGACCGGUCACAUGCAAGGAUGAAUACUCUCCUCCUAAAGCCGAGCUGGACAGUAAGCUGGUGGGUGAGACCAUCAUCGUCAACGCCGGCUCAGACCUGGUUCUGGACGGCGCCGUGGGCGGGAAACCCGAGCCCACCGUGUACUGGUCCAAGAGCGACAAGAUCCUGGAGCUUGGAGAGAAGUACUCCCUGACCUACACCGCCACCAGAGCCAUGGCCGUCAUCAAGAGCUGCGACCGCUACGACACGGGGAAAUACGUCCUGACCGCCAAGAACGCCAACGGACUGAAGACCGCCGUCGUCAACGUCAAAGUCCUGGACACCCCCGGAGCUCCGGCCGACAGCAUCACCAUCAGCAGGGUGACGGAGGAGAAGUGCUCCGUGUCCUGGAAGAUUCCCCUGGAGGACGGCGGAGACAUCGUCACGCACUACAUCGUGGAGCGCCGCGAAACCAGCCGCCUCAACUGGGUCCUCAUGGAGACGGAGUGCAAGACGCUGGCCUGCGUCAGCAGCCACCUCAUCAAGAACAACGAGUACGUGUUCAGGGUCCGCGGAGUCAACAAGUUCGGAGUCGGAGUUCCUCUGGAGUCCGAGCCCGUCCGAGCCAGGAACGCUUACACCAUCACGUCUCAGCCGGGCACUCCGGAGGUGACGGCGGUGGCCAAAGAGCACGUGGUCAUCGAGUGGCUGAAGCCCGAGACGGACGGAGGCAGCGAGAUCAAGACGUACCUGGUGGACAAGCGAGAGAAGAGCAGCACCAGGUGGACCCGGGUGAACAAGAACUACACCAUCUACGACACCCGUCUGAAGAUCGCCGGGCUGCUGGAGGGCAGCGAGUACCAGUUCAGGGUGACGGCCGUCAACGCUGCUGGAGACAGCACGCCGAGCGACGCCUCGCCCUACAUCCUCUGCAAAGACCCCACAUACACCCCGGCUACUCCCUCUAUGCCUCGCAUCACGGACACCACGAAGCACAGCAUCAGCAUGAAGUGGACGCGCCCGAUGUACGACGGCGGCAGCAACGUCAGCGGCUACGUGGUGGAGAUCCUGGAGGAAGGGACGGAGCAGUGGUACCGCGCCACCGCCAAGGCCCUGAAGACCAAUGAGUACGUGGCCGCCGGACUCGCCUCCAACAAGAGGUACCGCUUCAGAGUCGCCGCCAUCAACAGCAAGGGAACCGGAGAGUUCAGCGAGGCCAGCGCCGAGGUGGAGCCGCUGGAGAGGAUCGAAAUCCCGGACCUGGAGCUGUCGGACGACCUGAAGAAGACGGUGUGUCUGCGUGCCGGUGGGACGCUGCGCCUGGUGGUGUUCGUCAGCGGCCGCCCCGCCCCGGUGAUUUCCUGGAGGAAGACGGGGGUUGAGCUGCAGAGCCGUGGACACAUCGAGAACACGGAAAGCUACACCGCCCUGACGGUGGAGAAGGUCAACCGCUACGACUCCGGGAAAUACAUCGUGGAGGCGGAGAACCCGUCGGGAAAGAAGAGCGUCGUCGUCCUCGUCAAAGUCUACGACACGCCCGGCCCCCCCACCUCUGUGAACGUGAAGGACUACACCAAGGAGUCGGUGGUGAUCACCUGGGACGUUCCCAGCAUGGACGGCGGCGCCCACGUCAGCAACUACAUCGUGGAGAAGCGCGAAGCCAGCAUGAAGUCUUACAAGACGGUGACCACGGAGUGCCGGAAAACGCUGCUCCGCAUCACCGGGGUGGAGGAGGGCGUGCACUACUUCUUCAGAGUGCUGCCGGAGAACAUCUACGGCGUGGGCGAGGCCUGCGAGACCCUGGAGGCGGUGUUGGUGUGCGAGGUGCCGUCGGUGCCGCUCGACCUGCAGCUGGUGGACGUCAACAAGUCGUCGGCCACGCUGCGCUGGGAGCGGCCGGUGCACGAGGGAGGAAGCCGAAUCAACGGCUUCUCCAUCGAGGCGUGCAAGGUGGGAUCAGAGAGGUGGACCGCGGUGGCCUCCGUGAAGGCGUCGGCGUCUCAGCACACCGUCACCGCGCUCACCGAGAACGACCAGUACCUGUUCAGGGUCAGAGCCACUAACAGCAGGGGGGCCAGCGAGCCCAUGGACACCGUCACCCCCGUCACCAUCCAGGACAUCAAGGUGAUGCCAAAGAUCGACAUGACCAGCAUCCCUCAGAAGAUCGUGUACGUUCACCGGGGGAAACCCAUCGAGCUGAACCUGCCCGUGGUGGCCCAGCCGCUGCCCGUCUGCUCCUGGUCCUUCUCCGGAGAGAAGCUGAAGGACAGCCUCGACCGCAUCACGAUCGACGGCAGCCGGCUGACGGUGCGCGACACGACCAUCAACGACACCGGGGACUACGCCCUGGAGGUGAAGAACGCCCUGGGCAAAGCCAGAGAGGUCAUCAAGGUCAUCAUCCUCGAUAAGCCCGGCGUCCCGGUGGGCCCGGUCCGGAUCGAGGAGGUGGACGGGCUGUCGGUGACGACCAGCUGGGAUCCUCCGGAGAAAGACGGCGGAGCCAACGUGACGGGCUACGUGGUGGAGCAGCGCGACGCCCACCGGCCCGGCUGGUGCACCGUGUCUGAGUCCGUGACCCGGCCCUGCUACAAGUUCUCCCGCCUCUCCGAGGGAACCGAGUACGUGUUCCGCGUCGCCGCCAUGAACCGCUUCGGAGUCGGAAGGUUCCUGCAGUCGGAGGUGGUCGAGAACAAGAGCCCCAAGACGAUCCCCGGCGCCCCCAGCCAGCCGGAGGUCCUGGAUGUGACCCACGAGGGCAUGACGCUCACGUGGUUCGCCCCAGAGGACAACGGUGGCUCCACAAUCGCUGGAUACAUCAUCGAGCGUAAGGAGGCGCAGUCGGAGCGCUGGAUGAAGAUCAGCAAGAACCCGGUCACCAUGACCCGGUUCCGCUCCUCCGCGCUCACCGAGGGCCAGGAGUACGAGCACCGCGUCACCGCCAUCAACUCCCGGGGCGAGGGGAAGCACAGCGAGGCCUCCGAGAUCACCGUGGCCAUGGACCCCAUCGACCCCCCUGGAGCUCCUCUCCGCCCCACCGUCACAGACACCACCCGCUCCUCGGUGUCUCUGGCUUGGCAGCCGCCGGAGGAGGAGGGCGGCGCCGCCGUCACCGGGUACUUCAUCGAGAUGCAGAAGGUGGACCAGGUGGAGUGGACCCUGUGCAACACCACCCCCACCAAGAUAUGCGAGUACACCCUCACUCACAUGCCUCAGAGCGCCGAGUACAAGUUCAGAGUCAUCGCCUGCAACCCUGGAGGAACCGGGGAGGCAGCCGAGGUGCCGGGGGUGGUGAAGGUCCAGGAGAUGCUGGGCUACCCCGACUGCGAGCUGGAUGCUAAGUACGAGGAGGGCUACGUGGUGCGGCAGGGCGGCGUCAUCCGCCUGUCCGUCCCCAUCAGAGGGAAACCCAUCCCGUCCUGCAAGUGGACGAAGGACGGCCGCGACAUCGCCCACCGCGCCAUGGUCGCCUCCAACGACGACGUCACGGAGCUGGUGAUCAAAGAGGCGCACAAAGACGACACAGGCUCCUACGACCUGGUGCUGGAGAACAAGUGCGGCAAGAAGGUCGUCUACAUCAAGGUGAAGGUGAUCGGUCGCCCCGAUGUUCCUGAAGGUCCUCUGGAGUUCGACGACAUCCAGGCGCGCUCAGUGCGUGUCAGCUGGAGGCCGCCUUCAGACGACGGAGGAUCCGACAUCCUGGGCUACGUGGUGGAGAGGAGGGAGGUGCCGAAGGCCGCGUGGUGCACCGUGGACUCCCGGGUCAUCGAGACCUCUCUGGUGGUGAAGGGUCUGAAGGAGAACGUGCAGUACCACUUCAGGAUCUCUGCGGAGAACCAGUUCGGCAUCAGCAGGUGUCUGAAGUCCGAGGAGGCCGUCACGCCCAAAACGCCUCUGUGCCCACCAGAGCCCCCCAGCAACCCCCCGGAGAUCAUGGAGGUCACCAAGACCACGGUGGCCCUGUCCUGGUCUCGGCCGAGGGACGACGGCGGCUCCAGAGUCACCGGCUACUACGUGGAGAGGAGGGAGGUGUCCACGGAGAAGUGGGUCCGCCACAACAAGACCCACAUCACCACCACCAUGUACAACGUCUCCGGACUCAUCCCCGACGCAGAGUACAUGUUCAGGGUGGUCGCGCAGAACGACAUCGGCAAGAGCGAGGCCGGACCCCCCUCGGAGUCCGCGGUCUGCAAGGAUCCAUUCGACAAACCCAGCCAGCCCGGUGACAUCGACAUCAUCUCCAUCACCAAAGACUGCAUCACCAUCCACUGGCUGCGGCCCGAGUUCGACGGAGGCAAAGAGAUCCUCGGCUACUGGAUCGAGUUCAGGGAGGCCGGAGAGAGCGCCUGGAAGAAAUGCACCAAGGAGCGCUCCAAGGACCGGCAGUUCACCAUGGGCGGCCUGAUGGAGGCCACCGAGUACGAGUUCAGGAUCUUCGCCGAGAACGAGACCGGACUCAGCCGACCCCGCCGCACGCCCAUGGGCAUCAAGACCAAACUGAGCGUUGGUGAGGCUCCCGCUCUGAAGCAACUGAUGGAAGACGUCACCACGAAGCUCGGGGAAUCCGGCACUCUGACCUGCGCCAUCGUCGGCCGCCCGCUGCCCGAGAUCAAGUGGUACCGUUACGGCAGGGAGCUGAUCCAGAGCCGCAAGUACAAGAUGAGCUCGGACGGCAGGAACCACUCAAUUAGCGUCCUGACAGACGAGCAGGAGGACGAGGGUGUUUACACCUGCCGCGCCGUCAACCAGGCGGGCGAGGUCGAGACCAGCGGAAAGCUGCGCCUUCAAGCAGCGCCGCAGUUCCACCCCGGCUUCCCUCUGAAGGAGAAGUACUACGCCGGCGCAGGAACCAGCCUCCGCCUCCACGUGGUCUACAUCGGACGUCCCAUCCCUCAGAUCAUGUGGUUCUAUGACAAGAAGCCUCUGAACACAUCGGAGAACGUGAUCAUUGAGAACACGGAGAGCUACACCCACCUGGUGGUGAGGAACGUGCAGAGGAAGACCAACGCCGGCCGCUACAAGGUGCAGCUCAGCAACGUGUACGGCACAGUCGACACGUCGCUGCGCGUGGAGAUCCAAGAUAAACCAUGCAUCCCUGAGGGCCCUCUGGUUGUUGAAGCCCUGCUGAAGAGCUCCAUGGUCAUCAGCUGGAAGGCUCCCAAGGACGACGGAGGCUCCAUGAUCACCAACUACAUUGUGGAGAAACGUGAGGCCAAGGAAGGUGAGGUGUGGAACCUGGUGUCCUCCUCCGUCUCUGGCACCACCUGCCGAGUCCCCAACCUGAUAGAAAACGCCGGAUACUACUUUAGAGUCUCUGCGCAGAACCAGUAUGGAGUCAGCGAGUCUCUGGAGAUCCAAUCUGUGGUCAUCGUCAAGAGUCCAUUUGAAAAACCUGGCAUCCCACAGCAGCCGUUCAUCAUGAGCUCCACCAAGGACUCCUGCGUCGUCUGCUGGAAGCCUCCAAGCAGCGACGGCGGCGCUAAGGUCUCCGGCUACUACCUGGAGAAACGCGAGAAGAAGCAGAACAAGUGGAUGUCCGUCACUAGCAAGAAGAUCCAGGAGACCAGCUUCGAGGUCAAGGCCUUGAUCGAGGGCUUCGAGUACGAGUUCCGUGUCAAGUGCGAGAACUUGGGCGGCGAGAGCGACUGGAGCGAGAUCUCAGCGCCAAUCACCCCCAAGUCCGAACAAUCUCUUCGCGCUCCCGCCUUCAGAGAGGAGAUCCGGGACAUGACAGCCAAAUACAAGGCCAAUGCCACAUUCGUCACCAAGGUGGUGGGAUAUCCCAAGCCUCUGGUGAAAUGGUAUCGCAGUGGAAAGGAGAUCGAGGCUGAUGGAACAAAAAUUAAAGCCCAGGAGUUCAAGGGAGGCUACUUCCAACUGGUGAUCAUUGCCGCUGAUGAGUGCGACGCCACCGUUUACCAAGUCAGAGCAACCAACUCCUCUGGAUCCAUCUCCACCACCGCAAACCUGGAGGUGGAAGUUCCUGCCAAGAUCCACCUUCCCAAGGAGCUCCAGGGAAUGGGUGCAGUCAAUGCUGCCCGUGGUGAUAAUGUCACCAUCAAGAUCCCCAUCUCUGGAAAACCUGAGCCAGCAAUCAUUUGGCAGAAGGGUCAGGAGAUCCUGUCCAACUCUCCAUAUCACCAAGUCAUCACCACCAGGUCCUUCACCUCGCUGGUGUUCCAGAAGGGAAUGGAGAGGAAGGAUACCGGCUACUACAUCCUAACCGCAAAGAACAGGUUCGGAACAGACAAGCAAACCAUUGAGGUGAACGUGGCCGACAUACCUGAACCACCAAAGGGACUGGUUGUCAGCGAAAUCUCUCGAGACUCCAUCACCUUGGCCUGGCAGCCACCUGCAAACGAUGGCGGAAGCGACAUCAUUGGGUACAUUGUGGAGAAGUGUCCCACAACCGCCGACAGGUGGAUCCGUGCCGGACAGACCACCGACUGCGGCAUCAACAUCAUUAACAUAUUCGGAAAGACCAAGUACCAGUUCAGAGUCAUCGCCGAGAACCAGUUUGGCCUGAGUGCUCCUUGCCAGCCAACAGAGCCCAUCACCACAAAGGAAGACAAGUCAGUGACUAGGAACUAUGAUGAGGAGGUGGACGAGACCAGAGAGGUCACCAAGGAGGAGGCUCUGGUCUACAAGGUGAAGGAGCUGACCUCCAAGUACGUCAUCUCUGAGGAACUCGCCCGCUGCCAGUUUGGAAUUGUCCACCGCUGCACGGAGAUCGCCACAAAGAAGACCUUCAUGGCCAAGUUCAUCAAGGUGAAGGGAACCGACCGUGAGUUGGUCCUCAGAGAAAUUGAAGCUCUCAACGUAGCAAGGCACAAGAACGUCAUCUACCUGCAUGAAUACUUUGAAAGCAUGGAGGAGAUCAUCCUCAUCUUUGAAUUUAUUUCUGGAGUUGACAUCUUUGAGCGCCUUGGCACCAGCAACUUUGAGCUGACAGAGCAGGAGAUCGUCCGCUACCUGAGACAGGUCUGCUCUGCCCUCAAGUUCAUGCAUAGCAACAACUAUGCACACUUUGAUAUCCGCCCAGACAACAUUAUCUACACCACCAAGAGAAGCACCACCGUGAAGAUGAUUGAUAUGGGCCAGGCUAGGCUGCUGGUGCCUGGUGAGAACAUCAGAGCGCUGUUCUCCGCUCCGGAGUACUGCGCCCCUGAGAUCCACCGCCACGACCUGGUCACAACGGCCACUGAUAUGUGGUCUGUUGGUGUGAUGGCCUACAUUUUGCUCAGUGGCCUGAAUCCGUUCGCCGGAGAGUCCAUUACAAAGAUGAUCGAGAACAUCUCCAGCUGUGAGUACAUCUUUGAUAGCGAAGCAUUCAAGGACAUCAGCCUGGAGGCUAUGGACUUUGUGGACAGACUUCUAGUCAAAGACAGGAAGCUCCGUAUGACAGCCCACGAGGCUCUGGAACACCCAUGGCUCAAGAUGAAGAUUGAGAAUGUCAGCAACAAGGCCAUCAGGACAUUGAAACACAGAAGGUACUAUCAGUCUCUGGUUAAGAGGACAGAUACCAUCGUAUCAUCAGCCCGUGUGGCCUAUGGUGGUGCUUUCAAGAACCAGAGAGGAUAUGCUGUUGCUAAAGUGAAGAUCGGAACCGAGUACCACGGCCUCCGCACGGGACCCGUCAUGCACGGCUCCGCUGAGGAAGGUGGCCAUAUCAGAUUCACUUGUAGCAUCGUCGACUACGACAAGAGCACUCAGGUGUCAUGGUUCUAUGGAACCCGCCAGCUCCAUGCAAGCAGCAAGUAUGAAAUGACUUACAGCAACGGAUUUGCCAGCAUCUAUGUGAAGGACAUUGAAGAGAGUGAUAACGGAGUGUACAGGUGCAAGGUUGUGAGCGACGAUGGAGAGGACAGUUCUUACGGAGAGCUGUUUGUUGAUACCGUGAGGAGCAUCAGAGAGCAUUACAUCAGCCGCUCCAUAAAGAAACUGAGGAGGAGAGUCGACCAGGCUCAACUCCUGCAGAGACCACCAGAGUUCACUUUGCCUCUCUACAAUCGCUCUGCCUACAUUGGCGAGGAUGUGCGUUUUGGUGUCACCAUCACCGUGCACCCUGAGCCUCAUGUGGCAUGGCUUAAGAACGGAGAGAGAAUGAAACCAGGCGAGGAUGACAGGAAGUACACGUUCACCAGUGAUAAGGGUCUGUACCAGCUGAUGAUCCACAAUGUGGAUGCAAGUGAUGAUGCAGAAUACACCGUCAUGGCCCACAACAAGUUUGGAGAAGACAGCUGCGUAGCCCGUCUCACUGUGACACCUCAUCCAGUGAUGGAGGAAACAAUGAGGCCCAUGUUCAAACGCCUGCUGGCUAAUGUGGACUGUGUGGAAGGAAACAGCGUCCGCUUUGAGCUUAGAGUCUCAGGAGUCCCAUCUCCUACUCUGAAGUGGAAGAAGGACGGUCACGCAAUGGAGUUUGGCCCCAAGGUCGUUGUCAUAGAGGAGGACGUUGACUACCAUGUCCUGCACAUCAGAAACACUCUGCUCGAGGACUCUGGUGUGUACCAUGUUACUGCAACCAACUGUGCUGGAUCUAUAAGCUGCCAGGCCACCCUGAAGGUGGACCGCCUUACCUAUACCAGGAGGGAGUACAAGAGCGAGGAGGAGAAAUACAUGUACGUACAGAAACAAAUCGAAAAGACCAACAAAAUGGCUCGGAAGAUUGUUGCCACUGAGGAGAUGGUAGCUCUGAACCCCACGGCCCAGGACGCACUCAAGUUUGCUGCAGAGAUGUAUAAGCCUGCGGUGGGCACCAAGAACGUGGAGGGAGAGUUUGACAUCACUGUGCAGAAGUCGGAGACGAAGAAGCUGGAAGAGGAGAGGAGGAUCUUCAUGCCCUAUGAGAUCCCAGAGCCUCAGGUCCAUGAUCCCAAAGCUCUGGACGAGGACAAAACCAUCAAACAGUUUGUGCCUCUUUCUGACAUGAAGUGGUACAGGAAGCUGAGAGACCAGUAUGUUGUUCCAGAGAGGAUGGAGAAGAUUGUGCAGAAGAGGCAGAGACGUAUCCGCCUUUCCAGGUGGGAACAGUUCUAUGUCGUGCCCCUCCCCAGAGUCACUGACCAGUACAGACCAAGAUGGCGUAUUCCAAAACUCAGUCUGGAUGACCUGGAGACUGUCAGACCUGGCCGCCGUUCACCUUCUCCUGAAUCCGAGGCUUCCUUCAGAUCCAGAAGGAGAUCUCUGGGAGACCUCAGUGACGAAGAGCUGCUGAUGCCCGUGGACGACUACCUCUCCAUGAGGAGAACCGAGGAGGAGAAGACAAUGCUGGAGGACGAACUGGAGCUCGGCUUUUCUGCCUCUCCUUCCGGCAGCCCAGUACGCAUGGAGGUGCGUGAAGAGAGAAGACGUGAGGUCCGACACGAGACUGUGGAGGUCACAGAGACCAAGAAGAAACGCACUGUUUCUCAGUUCAUGAGGAGGAGGAGAUCUCUGUCUCCCACAUACAUCGAGCUCAUGCGUCCAGUCUCAGAGCUGAUCAGACCAUCUCGUGCUAGGACUGUGGAAGUGCAGGGAGAGGUUGUGACGAGGAGAUCCCCCACCCCAGAGAGGACACGCCCCCGAUCUCCCAGCCCAAUCAGGUCCGCCGAGAGGUCGUCCCGCUCUUCCUCCAGGUUUGAACGGACCGCCCACUUUGACAUCAUGUCCCGCUACGAGGCCAGAAAGACUGCCCUGAAGUCCGAGAGGAAAUACCAGGUGGUUAGCCAGACACCCUUCAGCCUGGACCAUGCUCCCCGUGUGACCGUAAGGAUGCGCUCUCAUCGCAUACCCAUCGGCCAAGACACCAAGUUCACCCUGAACAUCCAGUCCAAGCCCGACGCUGAGGUCAAGUGGUUGCACAACGGAAAUGAAAUCUCUGAGAGCAGCAACAAAUAUGUCUUCACCAACAUGAGUGGAGUUCUGUCCAUCGCUAUUCUGGACUGCCAAGCGGAAGACAGUGGAUCAUACCGCUGCGUAUGCUCCAACUCCAAGGGAGAUGCUUCCGACUACGCCACCCUGGAUGUGUCCGGUGGCGGCUACACCACCUUCUCCUCCCGCCGCAGGGAUGAGGAAGUCAUAAAGGGAUUUGUCCCCGAAGUCACCAAGGUCGACCACUAUCACACCACUCACUUCAAAGCUGGCUAUUCUGCCGAGAGCCACUUACAGGUGGAAGAGAGCAACUCUAAGCUAACGGAGAAACAUGAGGUUACCACACGGGAGAGAUACGCCGCCUCCUCUGAGAGGUACUCCUCCGCUGAGAGGUACGAUUCAUCCAUCAAGUUCGCAGCUGCUGAAUACCUGUCAUCUGAUUCCUCCUACUCGUCAGAGAGGUUCUCCUCGUCUGCGAAACGCACCACAUCUGAAGCUAAAGUGAAGUCAACCUCUGUCGGGGAAAGUGUCGUCCACAAAGUGGCGCCUUCUCUUCCCGCCAGGAUGCUCACCAAGCCCCAGUCUGUGACCGUUUCAGAGGGAGAGUCUGCCAAAUUCACCUGUGAUAUCGACGGAGAGCCUGCACCAACUGUAACGUGGAUGCACGAGAGCCGGACCAUCAUCUCAUCUCACCACGUCCAGGUCACCACCACUCAGUACAAGUCCAGCUUCGAGAUCUCCUCUGUGACCAUCUCCGAUGAGGGCAGUUACACGGUUGUGGUCGAGAACUCGGCCGGCAGGCAGGAGGCUCACUUCACCCUGAUCAUCCGCAGACCAGCACCCACAGAGGAAGUCUCUGCAGUCAAAUCCCCCACUCCCAGUGUCAAGUCACCAGAGCCUUCAGUCACAUCACCGGCACCCUCUGCAACCUCCCCCGUGCCCAGCAUCAAGUCCCCUGAGCCUUCAAUUAAAUCACCAACGCCGAGUGUGAAGUCUCCCGAACCAAGUGUAACGUCUCCCGCUCCGAGUGUGAAGUCACCAACGCCGAGUGUGAAGUCACCAACGCCGAGUGUGAAGUCACCCGAACCAAGUGUAACGUCUCCCGCUCCGAGUGUGAAGUCACCAACGCCGAGUGUGAAGUCACCCGAACCAAGUGUAACGUCACCAACGCCGAGUGUGAAGUCACCAACGCCGAGUGUGAAGUCACCCGAACCAAGUGUAACGUCACCAACGCCGAGUGUGAAGUCACCAACGCCGAGUGUGAAGUCACCCGAACCAAGUGUAACGUCUCCCGCUCCGAGUGUGAAAUCCCCGACGCCGAGCGUGAAGUCACCUGAACCAAGUGUAACAUCUCCCGCUCCGAGCGUGAAGUCACCUGAACCAAGUGUAACGUCUCCUACUCCAAGUGUGAAGUCCCCCACACCAGGGAUCAAAUCGCCCGAACCUGAGGGGGUUAAGUCACCACGGGGUGUAAAAUCUCCUGAACCCAGAGUUAAGUCACCAACACAAGUCAAGACGCCGGAGAGAGUAAAGUCACCUGAACCAGAGGGAGUAAAAUCCCCAAUUGGUGUGAAGUCUCCAGAACCUGCCGGAAUAAAAACACCUAGAGGUAUCAAGUCUCCAGAACCUGCCGGAGUUAAAUCACCUUGUGGAGCCAAGUCUCCAGAACCUGCCGGAGUUAAAUCACCUUUUGGUGUGAAGUCUCCAGAACCUGCCGGAGUUAAAUCACCUUUUGGUGUGAAGUCCCCAGAACCUGCCGGAGUUAAAUCACCUUUUGGUGUGAAGUCCCCAGAACCUGCCGGAGUUAAAUCACCUUUUGGAGCCAAGUCUCCAGAACCUGCCGGAGUUAAAUCACCAAGAGGCCUCAAGUCCCCAGAACCUGCAGGCAUCAAAUCACCAAGAGCCUUGAAGUCCCCUGAACCCGAGGGCAUCAAAUCCCCUCUUCGGGUGAAGUCCCCCCCUCCAAUUAUGUCGCCCAAGAGAGUUGCGUCCCCUCCCACGGUCAAAUCCCCGGUCCCGAAACCUCCUAAAGUCGUGAGUCAAGUGAUGGCCGAGGCCAGCGAGGGCUCAGUCCGGAUGUCCUGCGUCUGCGAGAGCAGCGUCCGGGAGGCGGUGUGGUCCGUCAACGGGAGGAGGCUUUCCCAGAGCAGCCACUUCGAGAUGCACUACUCCGAGGGCUCCUGCAGCCUGCUGAUCCACGACCUGGCCGACAGCGACCAGGGAGAGUACACCUGCCAGAUGACGUCCGAGGGAGGGGUAUCCAAAUCGUCAUUCUCCUUCACCGGACAGGUGUUCCAGUCCAUCCGCAUGAAGGUUACGGCCUACCACGAGCAGCAAGUGGCACUUACAGGAUCGAUGGCGAUGAGUCUUAAGGAGUCUUCACUGUCCUCUGUGAGCUCGUCCGUGAGCUCGUCCAUGAUGAUGAAGAAAGAGAUGCACGCGAUGCAGGAGUCUUCCUCCUUCUCCUCUUCCUCCGCCCAGCAGGCCAUGAUGUCGUCCAUGAUGGAGUCCAGCUCCAUGAGCAGCAUGGCCGCUGAGAUGAAGUUCGAGACCAUGUCCAUGUCCAGUAUGUCCUCUUUGACGUCCGAGACGUACGCCAUGAGCUCCAGCAGCAGCAUGACGGAGGGUUCAGCGUUCCGAGCGAUCGGUUCUGCCCCCAGGAUCGAGGCUCUGCCGGAGGACAUCAGCAUCGAGCCGGGCAAAGUCCUGACGGUCACCUGCGCCUUCUCCGGAGACGCUAAACUCAUCCAGUGGUCUCGCGGCGGGAAGAACAUCGAGGUGACCGCCGGCGGACGCUUCCACAUCGACACCACGGAGGACCUGACCACGCUCAUCAUCACCGGCGUGAAGGAGGAGGACGCCGGGACGUACACCCUGAAACUGUCCAACGAGCUGGGCUCCGACUCAGCAACUGUCCACAUCAGCAUCCGAUCAGUGUAAAAAAGAAAAGAAUCUCAAACCCUAUCGUCCCCUUUUCCCUUCUUCCGUGCCUUUUUAUUUAUUAAUUAAGAAAUAAUCUACUUGAUAACGAUCUGGAUUUCUGUUCUUGUAAAUAUGAACUAUUUUUGUACCAAUCUUGACAUUAAUUUAUGCCAAACUAGACUACAGUCUAACGUUGAUAAAAUGUGCCAUAUUGGAUAACUAUGACUUAGGGUUCUUAAUCCAUUUUUCUGUGACAUGUACAUAAUGUAUAUAGCCGACUUUAACGGUUAUGGGGAAUGUAUGCAUUGUUAUUUAUGACAAUAAUAGUAACUGAAACAAAAGAAACUGAAUGUGGUUUAACUGGAGAAAGUUCUACUAGGAACGAAUACCCUGUUAGGCUAAGAAACUAAACUCUGUGCCUCAACGAAGCGUUGAAGUCUAAAGAUUGCCUCAACAGGUAGAGAGGCUCCCUGUUGACGUUACUGAGACAGAUAUAUCAUAUAUAAGAAUGCACUGCGCUGCAUAGAAACUGAGGCGAGACCCUGAGUGCUGUUUGCAUAUACCCUCAUGUAAGCAGCCCGACUGGGCCUCGCACUCUGACGGAUUAUGUCAUACCGCCAUUUCGAUGACGCGCUCACAGUGCGGGCGGCUGCACUCCCUGAGCGACUGUUUCCUUUUUGUUUUGUGCUCCGGCUCUGCAGGCGACCCCGGCCCGGCUCUCAGUAACACCGCAUCACGAGAGCAGAGCCCGGCCGGCGCUGGUCUGCAGAGGCGGAGCUGUCUCUCGGAGCGCUGCAGUGUGUGUGUGUGUGUGUUAGAUAUUAGCAGUCAGUCAGCGGGCGCCGGGCAGCGGAAACACCGCGCUGCCCGGCGAGGAGGACGAGGAGUCCCGCUCUUUGUUAGACUGAAGGUAGAGACGUAGCUUUUGCAGCCUCCUUGAGCUUUGCUCCAGUUGAUUUAAUAAAGCAUGAUUAUCAGCACUAA